CCAUGACAAGCGUUCCAAUGAAGCACACUGGUAUAGAAAAAUAGGUGAGAAACAAUGAUAAAUUAACCUUAUAUUUUCCUGCUUAAUAUAUUGUUUUCCAUUUCAGUUGAAUAUUUUCAGUUCCUCUAACUUGUCUGUGAUUACUUUGCCUUCUGCAUGCCAUAUGAACACUUUAAUUUGCUCUAUGCCCUUAUCUGUCCCAGUCCUCCUCCUGUGCAGGUGUCUGCACAUACAGACUCCUACCACCACGACCACCACUUAUAAAAGUUGAAGGGGUCAUGGUGGUUGGAGUAACCAUUUAAUAUUGUGGCAUAACCAUUGAUCUUACACUGUAAUAAUCACUUUCAUCAAUGUAUCUACUUUGUAAUCGAAUACGUUUUAUUUUCUGUUAUAACCACCAUGAUUCCACAUCUCCGGUGUCCUAUCCUGUUCCACACCUGCAUAUUCUCUGUCAAAACUAUUUCCGGUUUCUCUGUCUACUCUACGAACUAAUUCCUUCAUCUAUUUUCCCCAAGCAAUUUGGUACUGUGUCCUUAAGGCAGUCAUUCUCACUCCAAUACCAUGUUUAUAUAUUUGUAUAUUGUGUUAAUUCAAGUCACUUUUUAUAUUUUUUUUCUAAUUUCCCUUGCUGUAGCAUAACAUCUUAUCUCCCCUACCAUGAUUUUAAACUUGUGUCUAUGUUUAAAUAUGAGAGAAGACUCCAUUGGUACAGUAUAUAUUGAGAUAUAUUAGAUAUUAUAUAGGUUCUAUUCUAUUCAUAUUUACCAGAGCUAUAUCCAGCAUUGGUGUGUAUAGCAUGAAGUGGAAUAAUCCCCACAUCUGGGAUGUAUGUAUAAGUUACCAACAAAUCAAUAAUGUUUAAAACGGCUGUCAGUAAAUUCAGGGCCUUGUGGCCGCUUUCGAGUUACAAAAUUUCCCUGUUUGCUACUGGUAGAGGCUGCUGUAACAUUUAACAUUUCCUAUAGAGAUAAUAAAGAGAUAAGCGACACUAACUGAAACUAGGUCCAUAGAGUGGUAUGCAGACAAUAAAUUAACAGUAUAGGCAUCAUAGCAUCUAAAUGCUGAUAUAGUUAUAAUGACUUUAGGCUGUAAGCAGCUUCUGCACUAACAUUUUCCAGAGAGCAUGGAUCAGUUGGGAGUGCCUCUCAAAAAUAAUUUGAUCAAGCACCCACAGCCUAAUGGCACCAUAACCAGGACAAGAUUAAGACCCCAUUGGACCUGGUGCUGACAAUUAUCAUGGGCCUAAUUACAGAAUCUUAUCGACAGAAAACACUAAAACAGUCAUACCUCCCAAGCGUCAUGUAUCUGAUGGUGCUGGAGGGAAACUCACAGGAUGUAGCUAUAAGAAAACACAUACACUAUGCUAAUCUCUCUCUUUCAUCUUCCAAGUAAAUCCAUACCCCUUAACAGCAUGGUCCGUUGAAGCAGGAUGUCAGUGGGCGGGGAAAAAAGUUAGGCCACUGACAUGAAUCAUGUAACCAGAACCUCCUAAAGGGGCGAACAUGCCAGAAAAGGGGCAUGUCUACAUGAUGAAUGGGAAGGCCUUCCUGGUGUCAAUGCAUGUCAGGUUGCCUGCCAAUCAUGCAGGAUGGCCAUCUAAGGGCAUACUAUGCAGACAGCACCCUAAGCUUUGCAUAAAUGCAUCAAGUGAUGCGCUCACUCCACACUUUCUAGCACUCACUAGUCCACUCCUCUCCUUACAUUAUUAAUAGCAGGCAGAAGCUCCUGUUAUACAGUCUGGGACAGAGAAAAGGUGCAUGUAGUGAGUGUAGAAGAAAGGGAACAUGCCACAGUAUUAGAGAGACCAAAGCAGCAAGAGCAUCUGCACAAAGCUUUACGUUAACUAAUUUCAUUGUCAGCCAGUCCUCAAUUGGAGCAACACUAUUCAAGAUACAUAUGUGGGUGCACCUAAUUGAUUAUAUUACAGGGGUGACCCCCUCUACGCUGGGUGACCCCCAAGCAAGUCUUGCACCAGUCCUAAGUGGCAUACAUAUACAGGGAUGACCCCCCCUUACAGACAGGGUGACCCCCUGCGCCCUAUUAGGGGCUUAUACCCACAGAGUACGCUCUAUCACUGUAUGCACAGACCACAGGUCACAAUAGGUUCAUGUAAUACGGCACCUCCAUGGUACAACUGGGGUGAUCUGUACACCUCCUUACCAGUGUUAGGAAGGAGAGCUCACAGUGUUGCCAAACCUCCACAGUACUAUACCAUAUAAGGAUGACCCUCUUGGAUUAUAUACACUCUGUUACAAAUUAUUAUGCAAAUUCUAUUUAAGUGUCACAAAGAUUAAAUAUUUUGUUUUUCAGUUUAACUCAUGGAUGGCAUUGUGUCUCAGGGCUCUUUUGAUCACUGAAAACAAUCUCGGACACCUGUGAUAAUUAGAUUGCUAGGUGAGCCCAAUUUAAGGUAAAACUACUAAAGGAGGGUGUUCCACAUUAUUAAGCAGAGCACCAUUUUCAUGCAAUAUGGGGAAGAAAAAGGAUCUCUCUGCUGCUGAAAAGAGUGAAAUGGUUCAAUGCCUUGGACGAGGUAUGAAAAUAUUAGAUAUUUCACGAAAACUUAAGCGUGAUCAUCGCACUAUUAAGAGAUUUGUGGCUGAUUCAGAGCACAGAUGGGUUUGUGCAGAUAAAGGCACAUUGAGGAAGAUUUCUGCCAGAUCCAUGCAUCGGAUCAAGAGAGCAGCUGCUAGAAUACCAUUACAUAGCAGCAAACAUAUAUUUGAAGCUGCUGGUGCCUCUGGAGUCCCAUGGACAUCAAGGUGUAGAGUCCUCCAGAGUCUUGCAACUGUGCAUAAACCUUCUAUUCGGCCACCACUAACCAAUGUUCACAAGCAGAAACGGCUGCAUUGGGCAGAAAAAUACAUGAAGACUAAUUUUCAAACAGUCCUGUUCACUGACGAGUGCCAUGCAACCCUGGAUGGUCCAGAUGGAUGGAGUAGUGGAUGGCUGGUGGACGGCCACCCUGUUCCAACAAGGCUGCGACGUCAGCAAGGCGGUGGUGGAGACAUGUUUUGGGCCGGAAUCAUGGGAAGAGAGCUGGUCGGCCCCUUUAGGGUCCCGAAGGUGUAAAGAUGACCUCUGCAAAGUAUGUGGAGUUUCUGACUGACCACUUUCUUCCCUGGUACAGAAGUAAGAACUAUGCUUUCCAUAAUAAAAUCAUCUUCAUGCAUGACAAUGCACCAUCUCAUGCUGCAAAGAAUACCUCUGCAUCAAUGGCUGCUAUGGGGAUAAAAGGAGAGAACGUCAUGGUGUGGCCUCCAUGCUCCCCUGACCUCAAUCCUAUUGAGAACCUUUGGAGCAUCCUCAAGCAAAAGAUCUAUGAGGGUGGGAGGCAGUUUACAUCCAAACAUCAGCUCUGGGAGGCUAUUCUGACAUCUUGCAAACAAAUUCAAGUAGAAACUGUCCAAAAACUCACAAGUUCAAUGGAUGCAAGACUUGUGAAGCUGCUAUCAAAUAAGGGGUCCUAUGUUAAAAUAUAACGUGACCUGUUAAAAUGUUUAAAAAGUUAAAAUGGUGUUAUAAGUUUGAUUGAUUGAAAUAGCUUUUGAUUUCAGUAAAUAUGCUGCAAACACAACAAAUAAAAAUUUUCAGUUCUUUACAACCUAUAAAGUGUUUUGAAACUUAGUGUGCGUAAUAAUUUGGAACAGUGCAUUGUAAGUUUUUUAUGUUGAAAAAAAAAUAUUGUUUUCAUUAGGAGGUUUGUUCAAUACAAUUUGAAUUGUACUCUUAAUAGUUGAUAACAUGAGAAUUAUGCUGACUGUCAUUUACAUCAAUUAUUUAGGUAAAUGAGAAAAAUAUAACUUGCAUAAUAAUUUGGAACAGGGUGUAAUCACUAGCUCUUGUAAGAGCUAUCCUGCUUUACCCUCUAGAUUGAGAGAGGUCUACGCACUGGAAGCUGGAUCCUGGUCUUGGGUCCAGGGUGGGUGGAGGACAGCAAGACCCCAGCCAAGCUGUGGCGGCUAACGGUCUACAGUGCUAAAAGUGUCUGGUGGAGUGCUUGGAAGUACUUGGAGUUACUAGGAUGCAGUGAUUGGCAGAGGCACCCAGUCGGGGUGCCAGGUGGUCCACCACAAUAUAUAUAUAUAUAUAUAUAUAUAUAUAUAUAUAUAUUUAAUUGUGUUUGUGUGUGUGUAUAUAUACAGUGAACAAAAUUAUAAACGCAAUACUUUUGUUUUUGCCCCCAUUUUUCAUGAGAUGAACUCAAAGAUCUAAGACUUUUUCUAUUUACACAAAAGGCCUAUUUCUCUCAAAUACUGUUCAGAAAUCUGUCUAAAUCUGUGCUAGUGAGCACUUCUCCUUUGCCAAGAUAAUCCAUCCACCUCACAGGUGUGGCAUAUCAAGAUGCUGAUUAGACAGCAUGAUUAUUAUUAUUUUUUAUUAUUAUAUUAUUUAUAUAGCGCCAUCAGAUUCCGUAGCGCUGGACAAUGUGGUGUGCCUUAGGCUGGCCACAAUAAAAGGCCACUCUAAAAUGCGCAGUUUUACUCUGUUGGGGGUGGGGGGGUCCGAAAACUAGUCCGUAUCUGGUGUGACAGGAACACAAAGAUAGGGUAAGGCUGCGCCACAAUAGAACAAUACAAUAUAGAUAUAUCUUUAUAUAGUUCACAAAGUCUUGUGUAAGAUACUUGAAACCAAUAAGGCUUAAGAGUCAGACAGGGUGUUCUUUACACUUCACCAGUGUCCGUAUAUGUAGAGAAGGGUGAUAAGAGAAUGAAGACGCCAAUAGUGCAUUAAAUCUCACUGGGUAUAGGUAAAAUAGGGAAUAAAUGGGGUUGUACUCACGUUUGGUAGAGCUUAAGCCAGCUCUGGUGUGUAUAGCGUACAGUGGUAUGAUCUCCACUUAAAGGAUCUGACGUGAGUGUUCUUGGUGAUAGAAGUAUGAGGAACCCAGAAUGACAGAAAUAAAAGGCAUCAAUAGUGCUCUCAAAUUUUAAAUAUUAAGUAAAAAUUUUUAAGAAUAGUACUCACAAAGAUAGAGCAGGCUAACUGCUCCAUGACAACAGCAUAGGUCAUAUAAUCCACACCUGGGAUUCUUUGGAGUAGAACAGGAAAAAAAGUAGUAGAUGCCAGGUUGAUUGAAGAGUAAAAUAAAAAAAUAAUAAAAAUAGUGGCACAACUGGUAAAGGGACCAAAAUCUAUUUAUUAAUUAAAAAACAAAUUUAACAUACAUGCAAAUGCGUUUCACCUGGCAAGUUAAGGUUUAUAUAGGCAUAAAACAAAUUAAAAUUGGCGCCAUAAUGCUUUGUCCAAUAGAAAAGCAGAUAGUGUUUGUGAAAAAAUAACGGAAAAUGUAGACAGUAGAUUUAGUGAUAAAAGAUCAGAUUGUAUAUAAAAUUAUAUAAAACAAGCAUUAUUAAGUGUGUAAACGGCUUUAAUCUCCAAAGCACAUCAUCAGCGCAUCAUAAUGAUCCGGCCGCUAAGCAUUAUGGGGGCUGUAGUCAUAAAUGAAUGAGAUUUUCCCCACAUUUAACAAUUAGGCAUGGAAGGGGAGUGUUCCCAAUCAUUAGUAUGAUAAUGUGAAGGGAGGAUGAAGUUUAAAACUAUUGGGAACACUCCCCUUCCAUGCCUAAUUGUAAAAUGUGAGGCAAUCUCUCACGUCGGCAGGGUGGGCCAGUGCUCCAACAGCACUAGUUGCUCUGUAACAGACCAUAACUUGGAUUUAACUUUUAAGAGUUACAGAGAAGUGAACUAAUUGACACUCAUCUGUAGUUGGUCAAUUAGCAGGCAGGCUUGUUACAUAGUUACAUAGUUAAAGAGACUUGCGUCCAUCAAUUUCAGCCUACCUCACAUUUGUUUUUUGCUGUUGAUCCAAAAGAAGACAAAAAAACCCAGUUUGAAGCACAAUUUUGCAACAAGCUAGGAAAAAAAUUCCUUCUUGACCCCAGAAUGGCAGUCAGAUUUAUCCGUGGAUCAAGCAGUUAUUACCCUACAUUGAAAGAGUAUAUCCUUGAAUAUUCUGUUUUUGCAAGUAUGCAUCUAGUAGCUGUUUGAACAUCUGUAUGGACUCUGAUAAAACCACUUCUUCAGGCUGAGAAUUCCACAUCCUGAUUGUUCUUACAGUAAAAAAAACUUUCCUUUGCCUUAGACAAAAUUUUCUUUCUUCCAGUCUAAUGGAUCAGCCAGCUGCAGAGUGAGGGAAGUGGGAAAGCCACCCAAUUCCAGAUAGUGAUACUGUGUUUAGUAAGUGCUCAAAAAAGAGAAAUGAAGAGAAUAUACAGAGUGAGCAGAAACUCAAAAACAGGGGGGGGGGGCGGAGCUUGGCAGCCGAUCCGAACGGACGCAGGAUAGAUGGGCUCCGUGUCUAUCCAGAGCAAAAUAACGAUUUUCAGCCACCAAACUGCGGAUGAUAACGCCCAAACAACCCAAAACGGGAAUGGGAAGGAAAAUCAAGAAACAAAAACCGGACCGACCCAAACAGGGGGCCAACAUAAGAGACCUCUUCAACCAGGCACAAGGUGCAUACGGCCCAAAGAUGGCCGCCGACCUCGAGGAAUUCUCUGACUCCUCAGGGGAUUUCUAUCCAGAAGAAGCCAUUACCACCCUACCUCCAAGCCCAGAGGCUGCAGAACCAGUGACGGCGAUGCUGCUGAAGACUCUCCUGGGAGACUUACAGAAAACCCUCCAGGCGGAUGUCGCUCAGCUACGCGCGGACCUCACGGGCCUAGUGGGCCGUGUUCAAGCGGUCAAAGUCACCUCCAAGCAGCAAGCACAGGAAAUAUCAGAGCUCAGGCAGGAAUUGCAAGCUUUAAAACAAAAGCAGGCCAAAACUGACCAACGCUUUGCGGCAAUAGAAGACAAUAGGCGCCGCAAUAAUCUCAAGAUACGCGGGAUCCCGGAGGACAUACCCGCUGAGGAAAUUCCACACCUGCUACGGAGGCUCACGGGAGCCCUACUGACGCCUAAGCAAGCCAGGAACGUCGGCUUCGAUGCGGCCUUCCGCAUCCCAAAACCCCAGAGAGCCCCUGAGGCAGCCCCAGAGACCUGGUGGUGAAGUACAGGAGCACGGCUGACAAAAUGGCGGUACUCGCAGCCCUGAAGGGAGCAGCCACCUACAGCUUUGAAUCAAUGACUUUGUUCUUUUUUGCAGACCUAUCGGGGAAAGUCUACAGUGGCACAGGUCCCUGCUACCUGUCAUCAAACUGCUCCGAGAGAAACAGAUUACUUACCGCUGGCGCACGCCACGCACUCUACACAUACAACAAGGCCUACUCCAUUUCAGACAUCCAAGAAGCACCCACCUUGCUGCGAACGCUGGGCCUGCCUCUGGAGGGGCUGCCGCCCACCACUGCACCGGAAACAACAGCAAUGGUCCCAAGAUGGGAUCCAGCGAAGAUAAUCCCCUUCAUCCCACAGGGAACGGGAAAACCGGAGUACGCAGCAGCGACCACAUGAGGUCCCAGCACUCGCACCAGGACAUUCUCCCAUAAUGCAGGACAAUAUAUUACGGGUCUGACACCCUGGUUUUUAUGUAUUUUUUCUUUUUCAUAGUUUUGAUCAUUGGCUUUUCUCUUAUCAUUAUUGUUAAACUUUCUGUUAUGCUUCCUUAUAUGUUUUUAAUGGCUGCCCUAGACUCACCAGGAUAGGCUUUAAAGGAACCGACCUCGGGACACAAUUAUUCUCACAAAUGAUGUUCACUAAGCAGCCCCACUGCUUCCCUAACUUCCACAUAGUUCCCAGACAGAGACCAGGCCAUGAGGAGCCCGCUCACUCCUUCGUCCCCAUGCCUGCAUCCCCCACUCCCCAGGGUCACAGGGGAGACUAACCUAUUUGGCAGAUCGCAGACCCUCGACCCCCCCUCACGGACGCGUCACACAUCACAUAGUCCCCACAUAUUAGACAGGCGGACUGCCAGAUACACGAUAGACCACUAGACAAGGCAUCUACUAGCAGCAGGAGGAACUCGCAUGACAUUACCAAGACCACUCAUUACCCACCACACACACUAUAUCGCCACUGUAAUGGCACGCUAGACAACAUCCAUUAAUGCCUUUCAGGCCAACAUUCAAUUAUUAAAUAAUAAUAAUUUGCAGCCUACAAACAGCCAUAUUCUUGACCAACGAUCAUUGUUAUUAUUACACUUGUUUCAACUACUAUGGCAUUUUCCAGCAUGUAAUAUAUCUAGUGCACGUGAAAAAUAAAGAAUUUAUUAAAAAAAGAGAGAAAUUAAUUUUGUUUUAUAUUUAUUUUUAAGCACCUGUAUAUUUUGCACCAAAUAAAUCUGGAAAACUGAGCUGGAUAUGUCCUGAACUUUGAUUACCCUAGAAGGCUGUGGUUACCGUAAGAUCUGUGACAAAAAAACAAAUGUACAUUCACAGGUCUUUAAUAUUUAAUAAAAAUUAUUUGGACAUUUGGAACACCUGUGAGCUUUUUGCUGAUUCUUUUUGUAUAUAUUCAAAGCAGGUAGCACCCAGGCGGAAUACUGAAAAUAUUCUUCUGUAGGGGAGUCCUGAGCUUCUAUACAUUUAUGAAUAUAUUUAAUGUUUGGAGGUUGUAUAAUGUGGUUAUCCUGAUGAGUUUGGGUAUGGACAGGAACAUUGAUGUGAUUUAACCUUAUCUUAGUGAAUAAAUACUGUUCUGAGUCCUGGUCCUGGUUAUGCUGUCCUGAGGAAAUCCCACACUAGGACUGAAACGUCAACCUUUUCGCAUCACUAUAUGCACUUUACCAUGUGCACAUUUUAACUAUGAGGGAAUAAACGCUACAUUUUAACCAAGACCAUGAGUGCAGACUACCAUACCUUAUAUUUGUGUAUAUAUAGUGCAUUAUUUUAUAUUUAUGUAUAUAAAUAGACCAAAGAAAAUAGGGCAUACCCUCUAUUUCAGUGGCAAAUCAUGCCAAAGAUCAAUUGUAUUUCAACGCCUUGGUGCUUAACCAACUGGAACCAACAUAUAAUCAAAAAAUAUGGAAGAAGUGGGCACUCAAUGGACGGCGUUAUUUUAAAAAAUAUAUAUAUAUAUUUAAUUUUUUAAAUAACACCAUCCAUUGAGUACCCACUUCUUACAUAUUUUUGGUUAUAUGUUGGAUAUAUAUAUAUCCUGGCCAUAUCCAAUGCAGCGCAACAAUGGGUAGCUCCUCCCUAUCCCUAAUUAGACAGGAACUAAUUAAAAUAAAUCUAUAAGUACCUCCUCCUUUCCCCUCCUGCCUCAGUCAUUUUGUUCCUGUCCUAUCCCUAUAGGACAUGUAUUUUUUCCUUGGAACUAUUAUUUUUCUUUUAUGGCUUACCUGGGGAUAUGUUCCCCUGGCCCCUUAGGAGUUCAACCUCUCUCCCUUGGGAAGUCUCCUGUUACAUGGCCCUGCGCAAAGGUGACCCCCUGGAGAGUACCCCUUUAGUGACCGGAGGUCUGGUACUUGCUGUAACUCAAGGGGUAGUAAACUAUUAUGCCUGGUUCCUUAAUGCUGCAGUGACCCUAGGGGUAGCAGUGGGUAGGUGAAUAUGGACCUGGACGUGUACCUUGCUGGUCUGGACUUCUCUCUUUUUCCGGCUUCCCUCUGCCUUUCCUGCUGUCCUUCUGAAGGGGUAAGUCCCUGUGGAUUCUUUCAUUUUCACUUGUCGUUCGUUUUUUCGAACGCACAUGCAAUCGUAUGGUUUGCUGAUUGGUUUUGUGUCCGUUCAUGCUUUUAGCCGUUCGCCUAAAAGUUUGCCGUUUUCUUGAAUUUUGGCUGUGAGCAUGAAUUCUGGUGAACGUUAGUUUGUUCACAGGAAUGGUUCGGAACUUCAUGCUCUGUCGGUCAAGGAGCCUUUCACAGUCUUCCAUAAGGACAGGGUCGUCCUUCGUACUAUCCCAGAAUUUCGGCCUAAGGUCAUCUAUGCCUUUCAUAUUAAUGAGGAAAUUGUUCUCCCAGCUCUGCAUCCGGUUCCACAAGUAGAUGGUGAUGACAGAGAUCUUUCCUCCUUGGAUUUGGUGAGAUGCCUCAGAAUCUACAUUGACAGAACCGCCCCUUGGCGUUCAUCUUCAGGCCUCUUUGUCCUUUUAUAACGGAUGUAGAAAGGGCAGUCAGGCUCCUUAAUCUACCAUUAGCAGAUGGAUUGUAUCAGCCAUCAUCCAAGCUUAUCAGGCCUCGAAAGCUCCAGUCCCGCAUGGACUCAAAGCUCAUUCCAUGAGAUCCCUUUCCUCCUCUUUGGCCUCCUCUGCCAAGGUCUCUCCUGAGCUGCUUUGUAGAGCUGCCACUUGGUCCUCUGCCAAUACUUUCAUCAGACAUUACCAAGUAAAUGUCAGAGCCGGUUAUUCAGACCAAUUUGCUAAAAGUGUCCUUUCUGUGUGAAACCCUUGAUUCCUUGGUGUUUGUCACUUGGUUUGUGAUACCAAUACACUUUGCAUAUGAUAUUUCGCAGUCUGUGGUUUUUUUUUCUUCUUCCCUCCCUUGGUUAUUGCUUGGGUAUUACCCAUCGUAGUGCUGCCAUGGAUAUGGCCAGGUAAAAGGAAAAUGUAUCCAUCCUUACUGUAAUUUUCUUUUCUUGGUCAUAUGCCAUGGCAGCACAAAGUUCCCGCCCUGGGAUAUUGCUAGUAACAAGACUGAGGGAGGAGGGGAUAGGAGGAGGUACUUAUACAUUUAUUUUAAUAAGUUCCUGUCUAAUUAGGGGUAGGGAGGAGCUACCCAUCGUUGUGCUGCCAUGGCAUACGACUAGGAAAAGAAAAUUACGGUAAGUAUGGAUAAAUUUUCCUUUAUAUAUAUAUCAGCUUUUGUUAUUUAUCAGCUUUUGUUUUGUCAGCGGAAUCUCAGUUUGUACUUACAAAUUCCUUCAGAAGAAUUAAAAGGACAAUCCAGGCUGGAUCUAACCAAUGAUUUCUUUUUUGUUCACUUUGUUGAUAACAAAGGAAAAAAUAUUCAAAAAUAAUCUUGGUUAGUUGUGUUGUUAGAGGAUUUCGAUGCCAAGACAAUUAGUGUAUUUGACACUAGCAAUACCUUGAGUAAUAAUUUAAUGUUAGCACCAGAAUAGCAACCUGGCAGGUGGAAUAAUGAACAAAUCUUGGGUUUGGGAUUAAAACUAGAGACAAGCAAGGAAGAUAAUAGUCUCUCAACCCUCACCCAGUGUGAUACUAUAAGUGGACAUGUUUAUCAUAUACAAUACAUUGUACCCACUUCUGAGCUGCAUUUCCAGCAUAAUUAGUACUAGUCAGAAACCUGUUACCAGCGGUAUAAAAUUUUGUGCAUCAAUUCCAUAUGGGACACAUUGGAGGUUCAUUUUUUGGGGGAUGCUAAAUGAUCACUCCCUUGUGUAGAAGGAAACGUUUGCCCAAUGUCUUCGUGUCAGACCUUGAUAUAUCCAGGACUCUGUGUGGUCACCUCCCCUUUAACAAUUGAAAAACUUUGGGAAAACACUUUUUUAUCCUUAAAACAAGAUUGUUCAAAAGGUGAUAAGUGCUGUUCAGACUAUUGCCAGAAAGGGCCAAUCUUUGUAACAGCUAAAUGGGAUUUGAGUUGUAAAUGUGAGAAAACAGUAGUAGAUGGUAAUUGGUAAUGCUCUUUCAAGUCUGUAUAUGUUCGCAAAGAUCCUUCCUGAUUGGGGAUUUGUUGUUGUUUGGUUGGUUUUUUUUGCCAAAUUAAUUGUACCAAUAACUUUUGUAAGUCAGUUAGAUAUUUGUUAGGUAAAGGCAUUUGUAAGCAGUGGAAUUAAUAUUGUAAUUGUAUUGUAAUUUGGGUAAGAGGCACAUUUUUACUGCUGCUAUGCGCCUGGUCCAGGAGAUAAACGUCAUAUUCCAUGAUUUAAGGGUCAUUUCAAUACUUGCUGAAGUGGCUUGUAACUCCGUCAAAAUUGAAAGAUUCUUUAAGUCUAUUUAACAUCUCUCCCUCUAACCCAGGGGUGGGGAACGUCCGGCCCAUGGGCCGCAUAAGGCCUGCAAAAUCAUUUGCAUCGGCCCGUGGAGAGCUGGCCCUGCUAUCUGCCUUUUUUGGGCCGGUGGGGAGAUCAAAGAUAUCCCUCACCAGUCUCCGGGCAGUUUGUUAAAGGAGAGGGAAGAAGCUAGGACCCAGGAGGCUGCAAUCCUCCCGCGAACAUGCCAUAGCAACAGGAAGAAAAUAGUGAAGUCAUCCUGCAGCCGGAGGAGCUGUAGGCUAAGGUGCACAAGAAACCACUGGACCACCAGGGAUUUCAGUGAUAUGUCCUCUCCUUCCAGGCCAGAGGUAAGAAGAAGGAAGGGGGGCACAUAUAUUUUUCCCCCUCUUUUUAAUUAAAAAAAUAUAGAUUUUCUCCCUGAUCCUCUCCACCACAAUGUAGACUCCUGACACAAACUACACCCCUCUCACACACACAUACACACACAGAAUACCUUACACAAACACACUGCACCCACAAACACACAGCACCCCUAACACACAGAGAACUCCUCAUACAAACACACUGCACCCUCUCACACGCACUGCACCCCUCACACGCACUGCAUCCCUCAUUUACACACACAAUGCACGCCCCACACACUGCAGCCCUUACACACACUACACCCCUCUCACAAACACACACAUUACACCCCCUCUAACACACAUACACUGCAAGUAGCAACAUCAUCAAUACCAGCAUCUAGGGAUACCAGCACCCCCCCCCCCCCCGCUUUGUUUGUCAUAGGCUAUAUACUAAAUCUCUUAUUUUCUGAACCUUGCCUUCUCUUUUCAAUGACUUUCAGCUGUUUGCAAUGAACAAAUCAAACAAAAACAAUUGAAAUAGUUCAACACAACCAAUGCUUCAAGUGGUUUCCCCAAAUUGAAUUGAAAAUGCAGCUUAUAAUGACUACUCCAGUCUCAAUAUUAUUCAUCCCCAUUAAUAGAAUCCCUCACAUCAGCACAAAUAUGCAAAACAGAUGUUGUCUCAAGCCUACCUAAUGCAACUGAUAAAGUUGCACCAGGUGUGCUUGAGCUGGAACACAUGAAAUACCUGAACUUGCUUGGAGUUUCUUGAUUGUCAUGUUUGACGGUAUGUAGAAAUAUGACUAAGUCAAAAGAAUGGUCCACAAACUUAAGAGAAGAGAUCUUCGUCCUUCACAAACAAGGAACAGUAUACAAAAAGAUAGAGAAAGCACUGAAUGUUCCUAGAGACACUGUUGGAGGCAUAAUUUGCAAGUUCAAAGUUGAAGGAACAGUGGUUACACUACCUGGACUGGAGGGAAAAAAGGAAGCUAUCAAUGGCUGCAACCAGAUUUUUGGGACGGCAGGUUGUGAAAAACCCUUGAGUGACUGCAAAAGACCUGCAGCAAGACUUGGUGGCAACAGGCAUUGAGGUUAUAGUGAUCACAGUAAGGCACGUACUAACGCAUGAGGUGUCCAUGCCAGAACUCCAAGAUGAACACCAAAACUCAGUAUGCUCAAAAGCAUAUACAUAUGCCAAAGAAGUUUUGGAAUUCGGUUUUAUGGAGUGAUGAACCAAAACUGGAACUUUUGAAAAAUACACUGAAAAGAACACUCUAGUGGUGGCUCAGUACUGUUCUGGGGCGGUUUUGUAUCCUCUGGCACAGGAAACCUGCAGCGUGUGGAAGGCACGUUGGAUUAAUUGAGGUAUCACGAAUUCCUAGGCGAAAACGUCAUGCCUUCUGUAAGGAAGCUAAACUUGGGUGUCAUUGGAACUUCCAACAAGACAAUGAUCCCAAGCAUACCUCAAAUUCCACCAAGGCUUGGUUGCAGAAGAAGCCCUGGAAAAUUCUACAGUGGCCAUCACGAUCACCUGACUUGAGCCCCAUAGAAAAUGUCUGGUGGGAUUUGAAGAAUGCGGUUGCAGCACACAAGCCCAAGAAUAAUACUGAACUGGGGGCCAUUGUUCAUGAGAGCUCAGCAACACUGCCAGAAACUUGUCUGUCAUGUAGUAGGUCAUAACAGCAAAUGAGUGCUCUAGUAAGUACUAAAGAUACUUGCCAUGAAGAGGUUGAAUAAUUUUAAAAAUGAAGAAGUCAUUAUAAGUUGCAUUUUCAGUUAAAUUUAGGGGAACAACUUGAAGCAUUCGUUGUGUUGAGCUAUUUCAAUUUCUUUUGUUUGAUUUGUUCAUUGUAAACAGCUAAAAGUCUGUAAAUUUUGACAAUAAACCUGAUUUUUAGUGGCAGUUAAAUAAUUUUGCUUACAAUUCUAUUUUUCUGGUAAGUUUAAUCAGGUCAUGUAAAUUAUGUCCAUUAAUUUUCCAUCAGAAUUUAAAAGAGAAUGAUUACAUUGCGUGGAUGGUUUUCCUGGUUUGGGAAAGGUUACUAUGAAUGCAGCUUCUAUCUCCUGUGGAAGAUCUUGCGAUAAUGUUGCAUGAUUAAAUAAAAUGGGUGGCUAACAAAUUUCCAUAGCAUUUGUAGUGCAUGUUAGAAAAGUUAUCUGGAAUAGGGGAUUUGCCUGAGGGCAAGAUUUUUAUUAUUUUAAACACUUCCUCCGCCAUAACUGGUGCAGCCAAUGUUUCUUUGUGUUCAGGGGACAGAGUUAGCAGGAUCGCAGAGUUACUAUAUCUCUGUAUUCCCUGUCUGACGGGUUGUUAAUCAAGUUAUAUAAUUGGAAAUAAAAUCUGGCAAACGCAUCCCCAAUCGUUUUUGAAGUAAGCACUUUUGUUCCAGUAGAAGAUGCCAUUAAUAGAAUUGUCUGUGUUACCUGCCUAUCUUUCAUUCUAUUUGUUAGUAAUUUCCCAGCAUGAUUACCUUGGGCAUAAUGAAUAGUUUUAAGCUUAUUUUAAAUUAUAAGCCACUUAUUUAAAUUAUAUUAAUUAAGCCUACAGGUAACAUCCUUGUAUUCGUUCUCUCAAUAGUAAAGAAGGGUGUAGGUGGUGGUUAAAUCAUAGAGCAAUUCCAACAAUUGAGUUUGGGAUGUGAGUUUAAGAUAGUUUUCUCUCCAAAUCAACAACACUCUAAAAACAGGCUUGUGUGCCAAACCUAUGAUGGCAGGGCUAGUGUCGGUUGUGUUGUUCAAUUCAAAAUAUUGCUUAAUAUAUACCACUAGUUCUAGUCUUUAAGAGAUAAUAGGACCAGUGCAUAACCUGACAAAUAAAUCAAACCAAUGGUACACUCCAUCACUUGUUCGAUAUCAGAAUCAGACGUAUAAAACCCAUCAAUGCGGCAAUAUGAAUUGUGGACUUGAGAGAAGAAAGUGUAUUCUGUGCAACUGAGAUAGGUCACAUGUCUUGUGUAAUAUAUGUUUUCAGAUUGAAGUAGUGUCAGCAGUGUGUUGCAUUGAGGUUUAAAUCUUUUGGCUGUCAGUGAAGUAGCAGUGAGCAUAAUGUCUGGGUGUACAUUUGAAAUUGACCCCCUUGAAGUGAACUAUGUCAGCAUCUGAAUUCUUAGAUAAGGGAGAACCUCUUUAGUGGAGUAGUCAGCUCCUUUAUGUUAUGCGAGUAUAUUUUCAUAGUAAAAUACAGGAGAAAACUUGUUAAGCCAGGGUGGAUACUUAAUCCUGAAAUGUUGUACUAUGAAUUGGUUGCAUGUAUAUUGUUUGGUAAAAGGUAAUACUGUAUAUUAGUGCACAACCUCCUCGGGCUGGGUCAAAUCUUUUGCGUGUACGAUACCCUAUUGUCUGUCAUUGGUAGUACCACGUAAUUGACAAGGUCAUAUAGGGGAAAGAAAACUGGGGUGCAGAAUUAUUGGGGGGGGGAGGAAGGGAAAUAUUUAGCUGUAAUUCUUCUCCUAAUAUCCCCUAUUUCCCCCCUACUCAUAACUGACAACCGUCUAUGAGUGCAGGGGCAGUGCGGCCCCCAAGGGUCAUGGUGAACUAUAAAGCUAACUUCACUAAAAAAAAAGAAAGUACCAACAGUAGCUGUAUGUCCCCCCAGACAUCUGUGACUUGGGUACACAUUGCCAUGAGCAUCCAUCUAUAUAGCUAGUCUCUUAGAUCAAGCUUGGUCUUUGCCCAUCCAUUAAUCACUUACAGACUCUUUUCCAUUCAUGCGAAAAUGUCAGCAAAAUUGGAGACUUCCUCCCGGGAGAUGCUGAAGACAAUUCCUAGAAGUGCAGCAAGCAAGUUCCCUCAACCGGGAAUACCACUGAUGAUAUUUUCCAUUUCUGUAGAUUGGGAGCUUUACAGGGUAACCCCAGCUAUGUGGGAUGGGUUAUUUUCUUAGGGCCUCAUGUAGCGGAGUAGUGGUAUUAUCCACGGUAUCUCCACUGGUAGGCAGGUAAAAUGUAGGUAAAAUGCAGGUAGCGUAGUUACAAUCCUUUUCUCCUAAGAACUAGACGACAUAUAGCUUGGAGGUUAAAACACUGGCAUCUCACCAGGCUGAGUCAAACUCUUUAAUGAUUACAGUUUCCUUUAAACACAGACCUCCGCAGGGGGGUCUGCAUUCCACACAAUACACUUCCUUUAGUCCCAGGCAGGAGGGGGUUGGGUUACAGAUAGCUAUCUCCUGCCUUAGGAGAUACCAAGCAGUACACAGGAAUACACUUUACAUCAUAUUACAUUCAGGGGGGGUUUACACUUUAAGUGGCUGGUUUGGCCACAGAUAGGAAUAGCAAUGCAGUAAUAGCAAGAUAUAUACAAGGACAUUCUGUAAGUGGCUAGGUUUGCCACAAUGCUCCCCCAGAACCAAGCCGCCAUACACAGUCUGAUCCCAACGGAUCGGCUUGGGGAUGUCCGGAGGAGUACUCACAGAUCACUUUUCAAGUUCAGUUUGUCUGGAUAACCUGUCAGCGUUGCCAUUUAGCUUUCCCGGGCGGUAGUGGAUGGUAAAGUCAAAAAGGCUGCAGCGCCAAACUCCAGCGCAGCAGCCUGGCAUUGUCUCCAGACACCCGGUUCAGCCAUACCAACGGGUUGUGAUCUGUGAGUAGCGAGAAUGGUUGUCCGUACAAAUAGGGCAGCAGCUUCUUGAGGGCCCACACCACGGCCAGGCAUCAGAGACUGUCUUAUCAUCGAGCCUUCGAUAGUCUACGCAGAAGCGGGUAGUUCCAUCACGCUUCGGCACCAGAACUACUGGCGAGGCCCAUGGGCUAUCAGAAGGUUCUAUAACCCCCAAUUGUAACAUUUCCUUGAUCUCCUUACGCUUAUUCUCUUUUAUAGACUCGAGGAUGCGAUAAGGAGGUUGACGGAGGGGUGUCUGCCCUGGGGUUUCUACACGGUGGGUGGCUAACUGGGUAUACCCAGGAAAGUUAGAAAAGGUGGCAAUUAAGCGUUAGGCCUGGGCCCGCUCCUGGGGACUUAAGCGCUCCCCUAGCUGUAGUGCUUCCCGAUCCUCAUUUUGGCCUUCUUUCUGUAGUAGGUCUGGGAGGGACAAAUUAUCAAAAUCCUCUGCGGCAGAGGCACAAAUCGCAGUCACCUCCUCUGUGCGCUCGUGGUAAGGCUUCAGCAUGUUCACAUGGAGCAUGCGUCUGCUCCAGCGCACGGGCCAAUUACAUAGGUGGUAUCGCAAAUUUGCUCUACCACCUUGAAUGGGCCCUGCCAGGAGGCCUGCAGCUUGUCUUUAGGGACGGGUCGUAGGAUUAGCACCUUCUGCACGACCUGAAAGCUGCGGUCCCUGGCCCCCCUAUCAUACCAUCUGCGUUGUCUUUGCUGGGCCGCUUGGAAGUUGGUACGUACGGUUUGAGUCAAAGCCUCUAAGCGUUCCCAGAACUCCAGCACAUAGGGUACAAUAGGCGUACCAUUAGUGGUCACUGCCCCCUCCCAGUGCCCCUCACCCUCCUUCCAAACAAUAAUUCAAAGGGAGAGAACCCAGUGGAUUUUUGGGGAACUUCCCUAUAGGCGAACAGCAAGUGGGGUAAAAACGGAUCAUCUGCUUAAGUGUUCCAUUAAACCAUUCACAGAGACUGUUGGACUGAGGGUGGUAGGGUGAGUUAAGGAUAGAUUUUACCCCACAGACCUUCCAGAGCUGGUGGGCGACCUCUGCAAUGAAUUGGGUACCCCUAUCCGAAAUAAUCUCCCAUGGAAAUCCCAUGCGGGAGAAAAUUUGCAUAAGGGCAUCCGCUACUGUCUCUGCAUGUACAUUCGUUAGAGCCACCGCCUCAGGGUAUCUGGUGGCGUAGUCCACUACGGUCAAGAUGUACUUCUUGCCAGAGGGACUGGGUUUUUUCAGGGGUCCGAUUAUGUCCACCGCUACUCUACUAAAGGGCUCUUCUAUUAUGGGCAGGGAAUGUAGUUUGGCUUUGUAGCGGUCUCCCCUCUUCCCUACCCUCUGGCAGGUAUCACAGGUCUUACGGUAUUGCCUAAUAUCCUUGGAGAUACCUGGCCAGAAGAAGUUCUGCAUCAGCCAAUGUUUAGUUCGGCUGAUACCUAAAUGACCGGAUAAGGGUAUCUCGUGCGCUAUGCGCAGUAACUCCUGUCUAUACUUUCGAGGCACAAUUAACUGCUUUAUGGGUAUGGGAAUAGACCUGGCUACUACCUUCUCUGCAUACUGGUAUAAUAACCCUUGAUCCCAAGCAUAUCUCUCUCCUUCUAAGCCUGCCUGGUUCUUGUUUAUUUGGUCUUUGUAAACCUGCAGGGAUGGGUCUAGAGCGACCUCGCUACCAAAUUCUUGGGGAGCAUCCCAGGGAAGGGCAGUGUGGUUAUGGGAUUCAUUGCUUACCUGAGCCUCAGAGUCACUGGAUGGGGCCGUGGUGCGGGCCUGCUGCCUGGUGAUGACUGGGUAGGCCUCCUGUACGGUGGUUCGCGGAACAAAAGCAUAGGUGAGCUCCCCCAAGUCAUUUCCCAAAAUAACAUCUGCGGGCAAGUCUUGCAUCAUCCCCACCUCCACGUUCCCUGACCCCGCUCCCCAAUUCAAAUGUAUCUCGGCAGUGGGAACCUUGUAGAUCGCUCUCCCUGCCACCCGUACUGCUACACAAUCCCCCGUAAGCUGGUCCUUUGGGACACGGUGGUUUUGGACCAAGGUGAUGGUGGCCCCGGAAUCUCUCAGUCCCUCCAUACGCUUCCCUUCUACGUGGACGACUUGGCGGUGGCUUUGUCGGUUAUCGGACACCGCUUGGACGGGGUUAACUUCAUGGAGGGUGCCUAGAGGUUCCUCCACAUGGGGGCUGUGGAGGGCUGGGUGAAUGAUUCAUUCUGAUAGCAGUGUACCGCAGCCCGAGUGCCAGGAGGUCGGCCUUGGUUGGGCCAUGAUGGUCGUGCCCUGUUUCGGGGGCAUUUUCGUUGUACAUGCCCUGGUUUGUUGCAUGUGUGGCAUCUGAUGUGUGCCCGGGUGGGGUACCUAGAUUGGUAUUGGUUGUUAGCUCCCCCGGAUCGUGGGUGAGCUGUUUUGGCCAAGGCAGGCCUGUGGUUUGUCGACUGGGGGAAUACCCUGGGUGGUGGGCGCUGCUCUCGCCUGGUGUCUUGAUGUUCGUCUGCUAAUUUAGCCGCAUCUUGUAAGGUGUGUGGUUUACGAUCUCUUACCCAGUUCUGCAUAUCAGUAGUUAGUCUCCGGUAGAACUGUUCCAACAAAAGUAAUUGAAUGAGAUCUUCCCGGGUAGUUGCUUGCGCCGCAUCAAUCCACCCCAUGGCUGCUCGGUGUAAGCGGUGUCCUUUUCUUGUUUUUUCAGGUCCCUGAAUUGGAGUCGGUAUGCCUCGGGGGUAAUGGCUUACCGGACUAGGAUGGCCUGCUUUACCUUCUGGUAGUCUCUGCUGUCCUCAUCAGGCACUGCCCGGUAGGCUUCUGCUGCGCGGCCAGAUAAUCUACCGGCCAGCAGUGGUACCUGGUUUUAGGGCCCGAUAUCAUGCAGCUGGCACAGUCUUUCAAAGUCCCGCAAAUAUCCAUCAAUAUCGCCCUCUGUGUCCGUAAAGUUUUUAAAGGCUUGGUAGGGAAUUUUUGGUUUUCCCUGUAUAAUGCUGGGUGGAGCCGGUGACCCCUCUCUGGAUUGCUGAUUCCUCUGCACCCUUCUGAGCAUGAUAUAUUCCUGUACAUCUGCGAAAAGCCUGCUGACCAUCUCUGCAGAUGGUGGCUCUGGGAAUAGAGCCAUUCUGAUUCUGAAUUAUUUUGCAAAUUCACUUUGUUCUUCCUCCAUUGGAGGUGCUGCAGCAGCUGCCGCUCUGUCUCCUUCCAUAAGUUAUGCAAUCAGGGUAGCCUUUGCCUUGUUGCUGGCUAUUGCUCCCCUUGCCUCAAGCAAUUCUUUUAGUGUGCUUCGUUUUAAAAGAGCAUACUUCGUUCCCAUUCACCGGCCGUUCGCGGGUUUCCACGUGUUCCUGGCUCCGGUUUCAUCCAAAUGGGUUAACUCCCGAAUUGCUGCUCUUUCUCCUCUAUUCGUAUCAAUUUCUGCCGACCGUUGCUUGCUGUGUAGUUUCAAUCCCGUCGCUUGCCACCAAUUGUAGCGGAGUAGUGGUAUUAUCCACGGUAUCUCCGCUGGUAGGCAGGAUGAAGCAGGUAAAAUGUAGGUAAAAUGCAGGUAGCGUAGUUACAAUCCUUUUCUCCUAUGAACUAGACGACAUAUAGCUUGGAGGUUAAAACACUGGCAUCUCACCAGGCUGAGUCAAACUCUUUAAUGAUUACAGUUUCUUUUAAACACAGACCUCCGCAGGGGGGUCUGCAUCCACACAAUACACUUCCCUUAGUCCCAGGCAGGAGGGGGUUGGGUUACAGAUAGCCAUCUCCUGCCUUAGGAGAUACCAAGCAGUACACAGGAAUACACUUUACAUCAUAUUACAUUCAGGGGGGGUUACACUUUAAGUGGCUGGUUUGGCCACAGAUAGGAAUAGCAAUGCAGUAAUAGCAAGUUACAGUACGUCUUUUUAGUGUGGGGAACUAUUGGAUAUUUCAAAAUUGAAUUGCUGAUUGGGUACUCGGAAUGCCAGUGGAUCAGGUUUGUAUCAGUAUUAAAGGACGGUAUUGCAAGAGAGUGGCACUCUCUUGAGGCCAUUCGUCGAACCAAGGCCCCCAGUUUAGCUAUUUUAGCCUUGAUUUCAAAUUCAGAAUGAACUCUCACUUCACUGAAUAAGCCUAUUAAUUUUUCAAUUUUGAGUAGUAUAUUUCAGCAUUCAUUAUAUCAUGUACAGUAUUACUUUUGUAGCCAUAAAUAAAUUAUUGCAAGAAGAAUGUGAGAAUUAAUGGGUAGACUUAUGUCAGAAAGCUAGUUAGAACUAAGUAGUUUAAAAAAAAAAAAAAAAAAAAUUGAGAUAAAAAAACACACAGCAAGACUAAAUGUAACCUAAUCUAUCUGUUGUAACAAGUAUAUGGAUGGUUGGAGUACCCCUUAAAAAUUCAGCUCUAGCUGGUCUUCUUUAUAGAUGUUUUAGUGGAAAUUUAAGAUGUAAAUAUACAGACCAUUGGAGAUGUACUUAUCCUUAUUUGGUAUUGAGAGGUUUUGAAACUAAGCCCAGUAGCCAUUUACCACCGUCUCUGUGUAUGCCAGGCGUAACAUUUUCUAAAUAUAUAUGGUUAACUGAAUAUUUUACACUAUUCUUCUGCUUCAUUUAGCAUGGAAUUUGGCUGUUCAAGCUGAGGACUCCCCAAGUAUGAUGAGUGAUGCCUGCCUUUUAUCAUACAAGGUACAGAUAUGCUCAUUUUUGGAAAAUGUAAACUAGAGAAAAUUUAUGACAAACUUACCGUAAUUUUCUUUUCCUGGCUAUUUCUCAUGGCAGCAUCACUUAUGGGUAGCUCCUCCCUUAGUAGUCACAGGACAGGAAUUAGAUUAAUUAAUCAGACUGAUAGGUAUAAAGAGUCCCUCCUCCCCUUACACCUCAGUCCAAUUAUAAAGCUGAAAUAGAGAAUGGGCGGGAACCCUGAUGCUGCCAUGAGAAAUAGCCAGGAAAAGAAAAUUACGGUAAGUUUGUCAUAAAUUUUCUCUAUUCCUGGCUAAUCAUGGCAGCAUCACUUAUGGGUAAUACCCAAGCUUCACAAAUCUAGGGUGGGAAAUAAUAACGUAAAAAUCACACCAAGCCGAACACAUGCAGCAAAGAAAGUUUAAUAUCAACUGGAUAAAGAGACCGUAGAGAGGACACUCUUCCCAAAGGCGGUGGAACGAGACUCCACAUUAAGUUUGUAGUGCUUCAUAAACGACAUCGGAGAAGACCAAGUGGCUGCUCUGCAAUUAUCAUCGUAUGGAACCUCUGCCCAGCUAGCCCAAGAAGUUGAUAAUGCUCUAGUAGAAUGAGUUUUUAUCACCUGUGGAGGUGAUAGACCUUUAGAGACAUACGCCUUCUUAAUUAUCAGAGAAAUCCAACGUUUCAACGUAGACAAAGAGGCCGCCUCACCUCUCCUAGCUCCUAACGGCAAAACGAAGAGUUGGUCCGUCUUACGGAAAGACUCAGAACGUCUAAGAUACGCAGACAAGCAGCUCAUGACAUCCAAACGUUGCCAUCUAACCUCUUCCUGAGAAGAGGGGUUGGGGUAAAAUGAUGGAAGAACCACUUCUUGAGAGAGGUGAAACUGAGAAACCACCUUAGGAAGAAACUCUGGCUUUGGUUUCAGACAUACCCUAUCUUGGUAGAAUUGUAAACAAGAAGAAGAUGUAGAAAAUGCCUUAAUCUCUGAAAUCCGUCUUGCGGAAAUAAUCGCCACCAGAAACAAAGUCUUAUACGUCAGGAGAGUAGCAUCCAAACCUUCAAGAAGAACAAACAGAUCCUCCGUGAGAUAAUUUAGCACCAUAGGAAGGUCCCAAGGAGGGGUAGUAGACCUGGAAGGAGGCCUCAACCUGAAGGCCGCUUUGAAGAACCUGGAAAUCAAAGGAUCCGAAGCCCAAGAGAUGUUGCACAAAGCUGAGAGUGCCGAAGACUGAACCUUUAAGGUGCUGAGGCUAAGGCCCUUGUCCAGGCCCUCUUGCAGAAACUCCAAAACUUCAGUAUUGCUAGGAUGUAGAAAGUCCUCAUUAUUGGAUGAUGCCCAAGACUGGAACACAUCCCAGACCCUAUGGUAGCAUGAGGAAGUGGAAGCCUUUCUAAAGAGCAGAAGGGUAUUGAUCACAGCCUCCGAGAGACCUAGAACUUGGAGUCUUUCCUUCUCAAGAUCCAUACCCCCAGUUUGAGGCGUUCUGGAUGAGGAUGGAAUACCGGGCCCUGUGUAAGCAGAUCCUCCAUCACUGGCAGAGGCCAAGGCUGUUCCUGGCUCAUCGUGGUCAAUAGGGGGAACCACGGUCUACGAGGCCAAAUUGGAAUUACGGCAAUGACUUUCCUGCCUUCCGACCAAACCUUCCUCAGGAACCUGGGUAUCAUAGGUAGGGGAGGGAAAGCAUACCCCAGAUCGAACGACCAAGGGAGAGAGAGAGCAUCUUGGCCCAGUGCCUGACGGUCCGGGUGGAGAGAGAAGUAAUUCUCCACCUGGUGAUUCUGAGAUGAUGCCAUCAGGUCGAUCUGGGGCAUGCCCCACCGAUGAACAAUUUCUGCAAAGAUCCCCGGGUGAAGAUGCCAUUCUCCCGGAAGAAUUUCCCUUCUGCUGACGAAGUCUGCUGUUACGUUCUCCGAGCCUGGGAGAUAAAAGGCCUUUAGACCUUGAAGAAACGUCAUGGCCAUAACCAUUAAGGGAGCGAGUUCUUCCAGCAGCAAUCUGCUCCUCGUGCCACCUUGGUUGUUCACAUACGAGGCCACCGCUCGGUUGUCUGUUUUGAUUAGGACCCACGAGUUCUUUAGCCUUGGUAGGAACCUCAAAACGGCCUUGUAAACCGCUCUUAGUUCCCUUAAAUUUGAGUGUAGGCGACUCUCUUCUCCUCAGGUCCACUUCCCUUGAGUCCAUACCGAACUGAAGUGGGCACCCCAUCCAAAAGAACUGGCAUCUGUCGUAAUAACCUUCCAAGGGGGGUCUUCCAACGGGAAGCCAGUCGUCAAAUUCUUCUCGCUCCUCCACCAGUUUAAGGUUUUUCUUACCGGAAGGGGAAGAGAUAUCACCUGUUCCCAAUUUGCUUCCACUCUGUUGAACUGGAGAAGGAAGCAGUUCUGAACCGGACGGAACUUCCACUGGGCCCACUUCACCAAGCCUAUUGUAGACGUCAAGGAACCUAGGAGGCUCAUGACUACUCUUGCAGGUGCAGCUUCGAGAUCUUGCAGGCCCCUUACUUUGUCUCUGAUCUUCUCGACCCUUUCCGGAGACAGGAACACGUGUGCAGACACGGUAUUCACCACCGCCCCCAGGAAAAUAAUCGUUUGCGCAGGAACAAGGGAGCUCUUUUCCAAGUUCAGGAGCCAACCAUGGUCUUGAAGGAUGGACAUUGCGACUAACGUAUGUUGAGCCACGACUCCUUGAGAUGGACCCAGGAUAAGAAUGUCGUCCAAGUAAUGGAAUAUCUCGAUACCCUUUUCCCUUAUAAAGGCUAUUAAGGCAACCAGUACUUUUGAGAACGUUCUUGGGGCUAGACUGAGGCCAAACGGUAGACCCCGGAACUGGAAGUGCCUUCCUAGUGCCCAAAACCUGAGAAACCUUACAUGAUCUUGAUGUAUCGGAAUAUGAUAGUAGGCGUCCCUUAAAUCUAUUGAGGUCAUUCAGUCUCCUUUCUUGACACACUUCAAGAUGGUCCUCAAGGAUUCCAUUUUGAAUGUCCUUACGUUGAGCAAGGAGUUUACGCCUUUCAAAUUCAAGAUGAGACGCCAUUUUCCUUGAGGUUUUGGGGCCAAGAAUACCGUGGAAUUAACACCUUGGAACCAUUCUCUUUUGGGAACUUCUUCCACCACUCUUUGUUCCAGGAGCACAGAAAUGCAGGAUCUCAUGGCCCUUCGUUUGAUGCCUACCGGCACCUUUGAUUUUUUGAAGAAUGCAGUUUUUGGGUGAGAAGAGAAUUCUAUUCUGUAACCUUCUUUCACUAUCGAAGUGACCCAUAGGUCUGAAAUAUUGCUGGCCCAUCUGGGGUAAAAGAACUUCAGUCUUCCUCCCACCAUCCCCGAACGGGCCUGGAGACCUUCAGAAGUUCUUUCCUGAGAUUCUAGGACCCCUACCUCUGGAAGCCUUAUUGGAAGAUGAGUGCGGAUAGGAUUUCCAUGUGGAAUUCCUGGAAAACUCCCUACCUGGCUUAUAGCUUCUGCUGUCCCGAAAGGACCGAUCCUUGAAGCGCUUGGUCUUCCAGGAGGAGGAAAAAGUCUUCCUGCCAGUUUGAGGUAAGAACACCUUUUUCCCAUCAGCAGCUUUUUGAAUAGCAUCUUCCAAAAUCUUUCCAAAGAGGAGAUCCCCCUGAAACGGAAGAGCACACAGGGAAGCCUUAGAGGCAUAGUCAGCACCCCAUGAAUGCAGCCACAAAGCCCUUCUAGAAGCCACCGACAGGGCCAUGCUUUUAGCAAUCAUGCGAGUGAUAUCCAGGGAGGCCUCUGAACAGAAUUCCGUGGCUAGAUUAAGGUCCUUGAGGCUUUCCAACAGAUGCUCCCUUCGGAUACCUUGCUCAAUGUCAUCUUUCAGAUUAGCGAGCCACACUUUCAAGGCUCUGGAAAGAGUCGUCAGUGCCACUGCCGGAUGAAGGGCGGACCCAAGGGCCAAGUAGGCUUUAAUUAGGUCUCCAUCCAAACGCUUCUCCAUAGGCUCCCUGAGAUAUGCCAUAGAGUCUAUAGGCAGUGUAGUUUUCUUAGCCAUAUGGAUCACUGCCGCAUCAAUUUUAGGAACAGAGUUCCACAGACCGCAAUCCACCGCAGAGUACGGAUAAACCCUCGCAAACUUACUUUUUAAGGUGGACUUCUUUUCAGGUUUAUUCCAUUCUUGAAGGAUCAUAUCCCUGAUUGACGUAUGUACUGGGAAAGUAGGUCUGUUAGGCUUUAGGUCCUCAAAAAACCUGUCAGCCUCCUUCAAAUCAGAUCUUUCUUCAGUGAGACUAAGCGUGUCUCUAAGAAGAGCAAUAAGUCUAUCUACAGACCUGGAGUCCAGAGACCUGGAGGUAUGAUCAGCUUCCUCCUCACCAUCAUCCGAAACCUCCCAGACAUCAGGGUCCUCAUCAGAGCUGGAAGACUGAGGUUCCGCUCUGCGUCUCUUACUUGGACCACUAGAACCCGUGGUGGUCCUAAAGCCCUCAGCAAUAGCCUGAGAAAUCCAGAGCUUAAGGUCAUCUUGAGGAGAGCUCCUACUAGGGGCACCAGCGACUUCCAACAAGCAUUCCCUGCAAAGGUUCCUUCCACUCGGAGCGGAUGAAGAACAAUUAAUGCAUUUAUUUGACUUAUCCCGAGAUUUUCUCGCUGGAGAGUCCAAAUGAACACUGGGGCUGGAAAAAAGCCAUAUAUGACAUAUAUUACAGGCUCAGUAUGGCACUCUUUUAACAACCCCCCCCCCUACACCAUAAAUAAAUGGCUCACCUAUGUUUUCUAGAGAGGGAUCUUGCAGAGGCAGAGGGAGAAUCCAUACUACAACAAGAAACAAAACAAACUUCAGGACCAAAAUUCCCUAAAGGGAAAGAGGCAGACUGACCAGAAAAAACUCCAACAAUGAGCAAGAAUCCGCAAACCUACCUUAAGAGCAGAGCAACCACUAUGCAGCCAGAAAGCAAACAGAAGCUGAGCCAGACUGGUAUUCCAAGCUGUAGAGAGAAAUCCGAAAAAAAGGCAGCAUGAACAGCACUAAGGGGGCUGAAUUAAUCCCCUUAAAUAGGUCCGGGCGGCGAACAGCUGACCGCCCGGUUCGCGCAUGCGCAGAGCGGUGGAACGCACGCUAUGCGUUCCACUUGCUCGCGACCGGCAGAACACUUCCGGUUUCGCCGGAACUGGCCGCAAAACAGCCGGCUGGAACGCAAAUGCGUUCCAGCCCCCAAACCCCAAGCCCCAGAGGGGGGCCCAAGGGGCAGGGAACCCUGGGGCAUGUCCCCCCAAGCCAGAGAACCGGAAAAGGGGCAAGAAGGAGCAACAGAGGAAGGGAGAGACCCUCUCAUCAUGGAUUCCCAAGAACUGCCCACAAGGUAUGAGGGGGGGUAUAUAACCCCAAUUAGUAGGGGCAGGUAGAAACAGGGGAAUUUUUAAGGCAUAACCAACCCCACCAUAAACCAGAAGCAUUAGUGUCUCCCUCAAACACUUACUUUCCCACGGUGCAGUUCAGUACUUACACUGAACCUGACCCAGUUAGUCCUGCUCAUGCAGGCUGUUUACUGGGUCCUUCAAAUGAAGAGAGGCUGAACUUCAUUUGGAACGAACCCACGACAAACGCAGGAAGGUGAGCCAUAAAACAAAAUUGUAAAAAAGUCCUGUAGAACCUGCUAAGGACAGGAAAAAAGACUGAGGUGUAAGGGGAGGAGGGACUCUUUAUACCUAUCAGUCUGAUUAAUUAAUCUAAUUAAUUCCUGUCCUGUGACUACUAAGGGAGGAGCUACCCAUAAGUGAUGCUGCCAUGAUUAGCCAGGAAAGUAAACUUAUUUAACUUAAUGUGGCUCUCUUUUUACAGCUGUCCCUUUUCUGCACGUGUGAUAGGCUGAUCUUAGUGGCUCAGAAAUCAUGUCUGUUGAUGGCAGCUGCUGUUGACAUGGACAGGGCUAGGGAGGCGACAGACCACUCCGAGCAGGUACCAUCAUGGAAAUUGUACUUAUACAAAUAUUACCUUACAAUAUGUCCAAUUUCACUUUCUACCACCCACUUUAAUGAUUUGAUUUAAAAAAAUAUAUAAAAAAAUCUAUUAGAAAAAGUAUGUAAUCAUACAUUGUCACAGGUUGACUUGUUUAAAUACCUCUACAGAUUACCAAUAUAAGCACCAUCAUUCUCCUAUUUCCCCAUGAAGUAAUGCACUGUUUGACAUGGAGAAAUACACUGAAUUGGUAAUGUAUAAUGUAUAGGACAAGAACAAUAAAACUUUUCUCAUAAAACUCAGUGAUUAUAUCUGAAACCUAAAGGUACAAAAAUAACCCCUUUUUUCACUUACCUCAUUCAAGCUCCAAGGGACCUGGGAUUUCACGAUAAUGGGGGAACCUAAUGCACAUGCAGCGCGCGCAUUAGGCCUUUCUCAUAGGAAAGCAUUGAAUUAAUAGAUUCCUAAGGGGAUUUUCAAAAUGCUGAGCAUUCUCAUGCAAAGACAACCACUAGUGGCAUCUUUAACCCUGCAAUGUAAACAUUGCAUUUAAUCUAAUGUUUUACAUUGCAGGGAUAAAGGGAACAGGACCACUGCACCCGGACCAAUUCAACGAAAAUAAGUGGUCUGGGUGCCUCUAGUGUCUCUUUUAGUGAUUGCAUCUGCAUGUUUGGUUUAGUGGAUUAUGCAUUUGUGUAUCUAAACACAUGUUUGCAUAACUGAGUACAAACACAGAUUAGUGAUCAUUGUCAUAACAUUUCAAAUUAGUUUGUAUUUUGAUCAUAAUGGCUCAUAUUCCAUUGGUCCUGAAUGUUGUGGCCAUGACUUAAAGAUGAAUAUUGAUCUCUUAAUUAAUAUAUAAUAAUUAAGCAAUAAGUAACAACAUUAAUAUUGUUAUAGUUCCGGGUGUGGAUCUAAUAUGCGGGCGGUACGUGACGUAGGUGCGUCCGUAAGCGGCAGGACCGCGCGCUUUCUCGGACCAGGAAGUGAGGCAGCGAAGCAGCAAGGUAGCGAGGCAGUGAGGACGCCGAGCUCAGCGGCACUGGAAAAAAAAAAAACUGAAGCCGGCGAGGCAACGAUCCUGCUAUGUGGCUGAGCAGCUGAAGAUUUUCUCUUAUUGCUGCUCCAAUGAUGCAGUAAAUACAUCGAGUUCGACGGCAUUAAAAAGGAGAUUGGGCUGACAAUGAGCUGAUAAGACUGAUUGUAUAACCCUCAGUCUGCAGGUAUUUGCGCUUUAUAAAUAGAAGAUUGGUUUUUGGCAUUGAUGUGAUGGACAUGUGAGCGGUCCUAGUGUGUAUAAAAAUAAUACCUGUGAGUAAAUAGUCACUUUCCCAUCUAUUUGUUACUGACCUCCACUGACCUCUACCUCAUACUUGAUGUGAAAAUUAAGGGAUAGCUAUUUGAAAUUUAAAUUUGAAAUUUAAAGUCACAAUAAAAAGAAAGAAAAAAGAGAAGAGAAAGGGGAAGAAAAAGGAGGAAGGGAAGGAGAGGAAGGAAGUAGGAGGAAAGAAAAGAGAAGGAAAAGGAGAGAGAAAAGAGAGAAGAAAAAAAAGAAAGGGGGAAGAAAAAAAGCCAGAACCCUUCUUAAAUAAGGAAGGCCGGAGGGGUAAAUUUACAAGUCAAAAUCUAUCAGUUAAUAACCAAUACCUGUAAGAAGAAAGAGAAAGGGGAAGGAAGAAGGAAGAAAAAAGGAAGAAAAAAAAAAGGAAGAAAAAAGGAAACCUUUUAAAGAUAUUUGCGUUAAAGAAAUAUAUAAUAGUUUCCUUAAGUGAAGUAAAAGUUCACUUUAAGAGAUCUACUACCACCACUACACAUGGCUCCUAAGAAAGAGAAAUCCCAAACUAUCGAGAGAAAGAAGGCAACAAUUGGUGCAUUUUAUUCUCCUAAAAUGGCAUCUACAGAAUCAGAGAGGCAACGAAAAUCUUUGCCCUUAGAAAAUGCUGAGCUCUCGGUACAUCAAAUAUCAAAUAUAUCAGAGGAUGACUUUCCACAUUUGCUAAAAACACAGGGAUUGACGCAACAAUUAUUAACCCAAAUGUUGGACAACCUGCAUAAAAAAAUUAAAACGGAUAUUGAACAUAACAUAAAUGAUCUUAGAUCAGAAAUUGCCAUUCUUUCUGAGAAAUUCUCAAGUCAGGCAAUUAUACUACAAAAAGUACAAGAUGAAUACGAACAAAUCAAAGCAUCUAAUACACAGCUAGAGAAGAGAUUGAAUGACAUUGAGAUUAAAAUGACAAACUUAGAAGAUCGCUCCAGGAGAAAUAAUAUAAGAGUUAGAGGUAUACCAGAAUCAAUAACACAAGAAGACUUAUAUUCUUAUCUGGACAGUUUUUUUUCAAGAAUUUUGUCUCGACAGACGCUGGGCCCUGAAACCUUUGAAAGAUUUCAUAGACUGUCCAGACCAAAUGGAAUUGAUAAAUCCUAUCCAAGAGAUAUUAUGAUUUGUUUUUUUAGCUUUCGGAUAAAAAAUCUAAUAAUGCAGAAAACAAGGAAUGGGACUCUAGACACUGAAGAAUGGAGACACUUAAAAGUUUUUCAGGACUUAUCUCAAAAAACAAGACAAGCAAGAAGAACCUUUUCAGAGGAAACGGCAAUCCUUAGGAACAAGGAGAUAAGAUAUAAGUGGCUGUUUCCGAUGGCAAUUAUGGUCUUUUUUAAAGAUCAAACAUAUAUCUUUAGAGACAACACGGCACUGAAACAGAAAUUGAUAACUUUGAAACUUACUCUCUAACUUCAAAUGUUUUUUUUUUUUAGUUUUUUUUUAUUUAGGGGCUUUUGUCAUGGUGUUGAAAUGGAAAUGUUUUAGAGUGACGUAGAGUGACAUAUAUAAUUUAAGAAUAAGGAUAGAUUCACAUCUAAAGUAACGAAUAUGGAGGAAUAGUUCAAAGUUAUAAUUUAUAGAUAUACAUACACAAUUAAAUUUAGCUGCACGAAAUGAACGAAAAGGAGUCUUAUGGUACUCACCAAAAGGAGUCUUAUAAUACUCACCAAUUUAACAGAUAUUGUAUUUGUAAAUAUUUUGUAAAUUUUUGAAGAAAUAAGAAAAAAAGGGUUUUGUUUUUUUAGCAAUGGAAAUGUUUUUUGGAGAGACAUAUUGACACACUACAUAUAGUUGACACUUAUAUAAAGAUAUAAAGUAAAGAAAUUGAAGAAUAAGGAGAUAGACUUACAUUUAAAGUAAUAAAUAUGGAGGAAGAGUUUAAAGUUAGUUAUUAUUAGACACAUAAUUAAAUUUAGCUGCACGAAAUGAACGAAAAGGAGGUUCAUAAUAUUCACAAAUUUCACAAAUUUAAUAAAUAUUGUUUUUUUUUGUUUGUUUGUUUUUUGACAUUAGGGAGGAAUUUGUAGAUAAACCCCGGAGUUGUAAUUGAAUAUUUUGGAUAAAGGGGGCAGAGUAGAGGUAAAAGGCCCACUAUCCUGGUUCAAGGUCCUGCGACGGCAGCAGGGUUAGAUAUGAAGACUUUAUAUAGUACUUCAUAUUAUGGAACAAAUGUUCUAAUAGAUUGUUGUUUGAGCUUCUCCAGGAGGUUUAAAUUUAUAUUAUCAACUGGGGAAGGUAUGAGUGGAUGGUUGACUGGGGAAGGUAUGAGUGGAUCUGUGUGUUGGAUGCUACCUGAGGGGAGGUUAGAGGGGAAGAGGGCGUGGGGGGAGCUGCGGCACGAUGUCACUUAAUAUAUUAUCUAUUAACGCAACGGGCUUAAAUUCAGGACAGAAAAAAGGUUAUUUGUACAAAUUACUGAUGGAUAGCAAAACGGAUAUCUGUUUUGUUCAAGAAACACAUUGGGUUAACUCUACAUCUAAGCUAUGGAAUUAUAAAAAAAUUCCAGUGGUCCAUAGAUCCAAUUUGGCAGGAAAGAAUAAGAAAAGAGGAGUGGCAAUCUUCUUUUCAAGUAGCUUGAAAUAUGAGUUGGUUUAUGAGGAGGCCGACCUUGGUGGUAGUUUCUCAUAGUGAUAGUUCGAAUUAAUGAUAUUUUGUAUACAUUGGUAAAUGUUUAUGCUCCAAAUCAACUUCCAUACAGAUUUCUGGGUAAUCUGAUGCAAAAGGUUGACCGCGUAUCGUCUGGAAGCCUAAUUAUCGGCGGGGAUUUUAAUUGCAUUAUAGAUAAUAAAGUGGAUAGGAACAGAACCAAAAAAGGGGUAUAUAGGUCGCGCUAGAGGGACAGGGAGGUAAAAUAAAUGGAAUAAAUAAAAGUGAUAAAAAAGUCCCAAAUAAUAGAUAAACCUGUGUUGUUCUUAGAUGAGUAUACAGUCCAAAUGGAUAUCUGAAUCUUCUUAUGUUGAAGGUGUCUUAGAACGCUUGUUCAUAUGUAGAUACAUAAAAUAAAUAAAAAAAGAACUCCAAUGGUGUAGAAUGUCAGCAAAAUUCCAGGUGUUGGUCUAUAAGUAGGUAAAAAACUCACCUUGGCGUGAGCAAAAAAACUUUGCUCAAGUAUUCUUAGCGUUCAGUGGCGUCAAUCCCCCACUGGUUGGAUAUAGGUAAUGGAGUCCUCAGCAAUUCCUCGAUAUGUAAAAAGAUGAGAGACGUAUAUAGUGCUCACUGAGUAUUAUAAAAACAAAUAAAAAUGGUAAAAUACUCACAUGUGUAUGAGCAGGAACUACUGCUCAGUAUAGUGGCGCAGGUGGUACAAUCCCCACCUUAGGAUUCUUGGAAAGUGACGUGCUUCAAUCCAAAUCGGUGACCAGUUAAUUCAGAUUAAAAUUAAAAAUGAAAGGAAUUAAAAAUAUAUAGGCAAAAAAUAAGAGCCGAUAUUCCUUUAUUUAAGUAUAAUAUAUCAAUAUAUAAAACAAACUAAUAAUAUCCAAAACGCGUUUCACCACACAGGGCUUUAUCAAAUGGCAUUUAAAAGAGGGAAAAACCUGGUACAGUAGCUGCUUUUAUAAGCUAAAAAAAAAUAAAAAAAAAAUACAGAUUUGAAUUUGGCGCCAGAAUGACGUCACUAAUACAAUAUGCAUAAUUUAAAACGAAUUUAAAAAUGAGAAUUUAAAAUAUAAAGGCAUUUUAUAAUGCAAUAUAAAGAUAUUUGUCAAUUUAGAAUAGUAAAACGAGCAUUAUUUAUAAUGUUAGACACAUGUAGAUAUGAUGUCACUAAGGAACAUAUAAUCGCGAUUUAUGUAUGUUCAAAAGUUAAAAUUUAGGGUGUAAAAACAUAAGUAAAAGGGAUAUAAAGGUGUCUCUGGACUUUAAAUAAAAAAACGAGCGUUUAUUUUAAUAAUACAUAAGGAAACACGUGAUCGCGACUAGACGCGAUCACGUGAUCGAAACUGGGCAUUGUGGGAAAUGUAUGCCCGAAGAUCGAGAGAUCGGCGCAGAAAUAUUCCGCCUGUCUCUAGACUUUAUGUACAACAAAAAGGCAUAAUAGGGCUAGAAAACUAGCCCCUCGAACAUGCAGAGACCUAACAGGAGAAGGGAGAAGAGGAGAAAAAAAGGGGAAGAGAGGCAAAAGAGGGGCUGCUGCAGGAAAUAUCCUGCAUGAAUAAGAAAAGAGUAUAAAUAUAAAGAUAAAAAUAUAAAUAUAAAUAUAUAGAUAAAAAUAUAUAUAUGAUAUAUGUUACAAAGUACAAAAUGAAAAAUAAAAUGAAAAAUAUAUAUAUAUUAAAAAUAUAUAUAUUAAAAAUAAAACAAAACAAAAAAAUAAAAAAAAAUAAAAAUAAAAUAAAUAAAAUGAAAAAGAUUAUAAAAAAAAUAUAUAUAUUUAAAUAAAUUUAAUAAAAAAAUAAUGGAAUACAUAAUUUCAUAAAAAGUUAAAAAGGUCAAAUUCUACAUUUAAUCCUUGGGGUGAUAGGGUUUUUAAUUGGAAAACCCAAUUCAUCUCUCUUUUUCCCAAAAUAUUUUUCAUAUCUCCUCCUCUCCAUGGCAUGGAAACUUUUUUUAUCCCAGUAACUUUAAGAACACUGGGGUCUUUAUUGUGAAAUAAAAAGUGCUUAGACACUGGUUGUCAUAUCCCUUUUUGAUAUUACGGCAAUGUUCUGCCAAUCUAAUCUUUAAACACCUUGUUGUCAUGCCAACAUAUUGAAAACCACAUGGACAUUCUAAUAAAUAAAUGACAUUUUUAGUGUUACAUCCUAUAAAGUCUUUAAUCGGAUACAUAGUUUUGGUAAUGGUGGAAGAGAAAUGAGUCGUUUUAGUAUUGGUAUUUGGAUUUGUGGAUCUACAUACAAUACAUUUGUUACAUUUAAAAAAACCUUUUGGUUUUGACAGAAAAUUCUCCUUUGAUGAGGUAAUUUUAGUAUAAUCAAAGGAGAAUUUUCUGUCAAAACCAAAAGGUUUUUUUAAAUGUAACAAAUGUAUUGUAUGUAGAUCCACAAAUCCAAAUACCAAUACUAAAACGACUCAUUUCUCUUCCACCAUUACCAAAACUAUGUAUCCGAUUAAAGACUUUAUAGGAUGUAACACUAAAAAUGUCAUUUAUUUAUUAGAAUGUCCAUGUGGUUUUCAAUAUGUUGGCAUGACAACAAGGUGUUUAAAGAUUAGAUUGGCAGAACAUUGCCGUAAUAUCAAAAAGGGAUAUGACAACCAGUGUCUAAGCACUUUUUAUUUCACAAUAAAGACCCCAGUGUUCUUAAAGUUACUGGGAUAAAAAAAGUUUCCAUGCCAUGGAGAGGAGGAGAUAUGAAAAAUAUUUUGGGAAAAAGAGAGAUGAAUUGGGUUUUCCAAUUAAAAACCCUAUCACCCCAAGGAUUAAAUGUAGAAUUUGACCUUUUUAACUUUUUAUGAAAUUAUGUAUUCCAUUAUUUUUUUAUUAAAUUUAUUUAAAUAUAUAUAUUUUUUUUAUAAUCUUUUUCAUUUUAUUUAUUUUAUUUUUAUUUUUUUUUAUUUUUUUGUUUUGUUUUAUUUUUAAUAUAUAUAUUUUUAAUAUAUAUAUAUUUUUCAUUUUAUUUUUCAUUUUGUACUUUGUAACAUAUAUCAUAUAUAUAUUUUUAUCUAUAUAUUUAUAUUUAUAUUUUUAUCUUUAUAUUUAUACUCUUUUCUUAUUCAUGCAGGAUAUUUCCUGCAGCAGCCCCUCUUUUGCCUCUCUUCCCCUUUUUUUCUCCUCUUCUCCCUUCUCCUGUUAGGUCUCUGCAUGUUCGAGGGGCUAGUUUUCUAGCCCUAUUAUGCCUUUUUGUUGUACAUAAAGUCUAGACACAGGCGGAAUAUUUCUGCGCCGAUCUCUCGAUCUUCGGGCAUACAUUUCCCACAAUGCCCAGUUUCGAUCACGUGAUCGCGUCUAGUCGCAAUCAAGUGUUUCCUUAUGUAUUAUUAAAAUAAACGCUCGUUUUUUUAUUUAAAGUCCAGAGACACCUUUAUAUCCCUUUUACUUAUGUUUUUACACCCUAAAUUUUAACUUUUGAACAUACAUAAAUCGCGAUUAUAUGUUCCUUAGUGACAUCAUAUCUACAUGUGUCUAACAUUAUAAAUAAUGCUCGUUUUACUAUUCUAAAUUGACAAAUAUCUUUAUAUUGCAUUAUAAAAUGCCUUUAUAUUUUAAAUUCUCAUUUUUAAAUUCGUUUUAAAUUAUGCAUAUUGUAUUAGUGACGUCAUUCUGGCGCCAAAUUCAAAUCUGUAUUUUUUUUUUAUUUUUUUUUAGCUUAUAAAAGCAGCUACUGUACCAGGUUUUUCCCUCUUUUAAAUGCCAUUUGAUAAAGCCCUGUGUGGUGAAACGCGUUUUGGAUAUUAUUAGUUUGUUUUAUAUAUUGAUAUAUUAUACUUAAAUAAAGGAAUAUCGGCUCUUAUUUUUUGCCUAUAUAUUUUUAAUUCCUUUCAUUUUUAAUUUUAAUCUGAAUUAACUGGUCACCGAUUUGGAUUGAAGCACGUCACUUUCCAAGAAUCCUAAGGUGGGGAUUGUACCACCUGCGCCACUAUACUGAGCAGUAGUUCCUGCUCAUACACAUGUGAGUAUUUUACCAUUUUUAUUUGUUUUUAUAAUAUUCAGUGAGCACUAUAUACGUCUCUCAUCUUUUUACAUAUCGAGGAAUUGCUGAGGACUCCAUUACCUAUAUCCAACCAGUGGGGGAUUGACGCCACUGAACGCUAAGAAUACUUGAGCAAAGUUUUUUUGCUCACGCCAAGGUGAGUUUUUUACCUACUUAUAGACCAACACCUGGAAUUUUGCUGACAUUCUACACCAUUGGAGUUCUUUUUUUAUUUCUUUUAUGUAUCUACCUAUGAACAAGCGUUCUAAGACACCUUCAACAUAAGAAGAUUCAGAUAUCCAUUUGGACUGUAUACUCAUCUAAGAACAACACAGGUUUAUCUAUUAUUUGGGACUUUUUUAUCACUUUUAUUUAUUCCAUUUAUUUUACCUCCCUGUCCCUCUAGCGCGACCUAUAUACCCCUUUUUUGUCUAUCCUACUCCAUGUGAGGCUUGUUGAGGGACCUCAUUCUUAUAGGUUGCUGCUUUUACACUUUAUUUUAGUUUCUUUUAGAUUACUUAGCGCUGAACCAUUAUAUUUUUUAGGAACAGAACCAAGCCUGCAGAUAAGGAGGACAAUCAAAAAAUAGGACCAUCAAUGAUGCAGACUUUCUUAGCAAAAAACUGUUUAUAUGAUUCCUGGAGAACAUUUAAUCCAGAAGAGCGAGAUUAUACGUUUUAUUCAAACGUUCAUCAGACAUAUAGUAGAAUCGAUUAUUUUUUGGUUAAAGCUGAAACUUUGGAGCGAGUUAAUAAAGCGAUAAUUGGGCCCAUAACAUGGUCUGACCAUGCACCAGUAAGUUUAGUUAUAAAUAAUAACGCCGAAUACAAACGCAGAGAUAGAUGGAGACUAAAUGAAACUCUAUUAAAAUCAGAAAUUAACGUAGAAGAAUUGCGUAUCCAGGCUAGAGAAUUUUUUGAAACCAAUGAUACAGGGGACGUCUCUAACGGUAUGUUAUGGUGUACCUUUAAAUCAUAUAUGAGAGGAUGUCUUAUAAAAUUGGGUGCCAAUACAAAGAAAAAGAAGGGAAAAGAGUUGAAUGAGCUUAAUAUUGAUUUAGUAAAACAAGAACGUCUACAUAAGAUUACUUUAGAUCAUAAAAUUCUGGAGGAUAUUAAGGAGAUCAGGAAAAAAAUACUAAUAAGAACUCAAGAAAAAAAUUAAUAAAGCAAUGUUAGUAUUAAAGCAGGGAUGGUACUAUGGAAAUAAUAAAACAGGGAAAAACCUUUCAAAUAAAUUAAAAAAUAAAAAUAAACUUCAAUCUAUAAACUAUAUAAUAGCUGGAAAUAAAAAACUCUUUUCACCAACUCAAAUAGCCAAUGCAUUUGAAGAAUACUACAAAAGUUUAUAUAAUUUAAAAUUUAAUGAGCCACCUGUAGGGGAAACAAAGCAUUUCCUGGAUAAACUAAGCCUGCCAAAAAUAUCUACUGAGAAAUUAAAUCAGCUCAAUGCUCCAUUCUCCAUUCAGGAGAUUAGUAACACCAUUAAAGUAUUAAUAGCGGGCAAAGCACCAGGUCCAGAUGGUUUUUCAUCGAUUUUUUUAUAAAAAAUUAAAUGAUAUUUCCCCAUAUCUAUUGAAGACAUUUAAAGAAUUUGCCAGCUAUAAAUCUAUCCCAUCCGAAUUACUCCAGGCCUCUAUAAUGCCAAUCCCUAAGGUAGAUAAGGAUCCAAUAUAUACUUCGAACUACAGACCAAUUUCUCUUAUUAAUUUAGAUAUUAAAGUAUACUCUAGAAUUUUGGCCGAUAGACUCAAACAAAACAUACCUGAUAUUGUUCAUACAGAUCAGAGUGGGUUUGUAGAAGGUAGGGGUACAUCGGAUAACAUUAGGAAAUUACUGAAUGUUUUAUAUCAUGCGGAUCAAAGUCUGUCCCCCUUCACCAUGGUUACCCUUGAUGCCUAGAAGGCCUUCGAACGUGUUAACUGGAAGUAUUUGGAAGAGGUUUUGAAGGCCUUCGGCAUAGAGGGUCUCUUUAAGGAGUGUACAAUGGCGUUAUAUAAAGAUCCUCAAGCUAGAGUCUCAGGAUUUAUGUUUCAAUCAAACUGGUUCCCAAUCAGAAAUGGGACGCGACAGGGCUGCCCUUUGGCACCCCUGUUAUAUAUCCUCUCUAUAGAACCGCUGGCAGCCGCGAUUAGACAGAAUGAUGACAUCAGCGGGCUAAAAGUGAAUAGUCUGGAGAAUAAAAUUGCACUUUAUGCAGAUGAUGUUCUAUUGACUCUUAUAGAUCCUAUUAGAUCUAUCCCAGCUGUAUUUUGUCUUAUUAAUGAGUAUAGUAAAUUUUCAGGCUAUAAAAUAAAUAUAAAGAAAACACAAAUCCUGACAAAAGGUCUAAAUGGACCCGGGGUAAAAAAACUCAAAAAGGAAUUUAAAUGUGAUUGGGAAGCAAGGAAUAUAAAAUACUUAGGGGUAAGACUAUCUCUAGAUUAUAGGGAAACCGGUGAACUUAAUUAUACAGAAAUAGCUACCCAAUUUAGGAGUACUCUAAAAAAUUGGAAGGGAUUGGAAUUAUCUUGGUUGGGAGGAAUCGAAGCGGUAAACUCCUACCUACUCCCCAAAUUGACAUUUUUAUUUUGUAACCUCCCGUUGAGGGUUCCAUUCCAGACGAUACGCGGUUUUCAAAAACAGGUUUCGGAUUAUAUAUGGCAAGACAGGAGAUCCAGAGUAUCACUGGAAAUUUUACAGAGAGAUUGGAAGGAAGGGGGAAUCUCUUUCCCAGAUAUACAGAAACUAUAUAUGAACAAUAUGGUAGCACACUUAAUUAAAUGUGAUAAUUUUACAAUGUCAAGACCAGUCUGGUUAGAUAUUGAAAAAUCGGAUCUCUAUAAUAUUGAACCUCUAUUUCUCUGGUGGUGUGACAGUGAAUUUGUAAAAAAUAUAAGGCCUAGUAACCCGAUGAACAACACAAUGAUCUAUAUUGUAAAAUACUUAAAGAAAAAAUAUGGAACUAAACAUAUAUCAAGAAACGCCCCAUUAACAUGUCUAAAACUUUAUAUAAAAGAUAUAAAUAUUCAAGAAUGGGAAAAGCGUGGAAUUGCAAAAAUUGCGGAACUUCUAAAUGAUAACAAAAUAUUGUCAUUCGCAAUGUUACAGCUCAAUUAUAACCUCCCUUCGAAGGAAAUAUUUAAUUACUUAAGAAUAAAAUCUUUUAUUAUGGGAAAUGUUUUUUCGGAAACUUCUCCAAUUGACCAGUUUGUAGCAUUCCAUUACAAAAAAAAAAUCGCAUCCAGAUUUAAUCAAUUUAUAAGAAGCCAAAGGCAAAUAGUUAAAGCGUUGGCAAUGAAUAAUGAAUGAGCAGGAACUCCACUUUUCAUCCUCGGUUAAAGAUUGGAUUUUGGGCCUACAAUCAGUAAAAAGAUAUAUACAUGGGGUGAAUAUACAGGAAGUGUACUUUAAACUGGUAUAUCGUUGGUACCUGGUGCCCACUCGCCUCCAUAGAUUUCAACCCACACUUCUACCAGAUUGUUGGAGAUGUGGUAGGGAGCUAGGCUCAUUCUCCCACAUCUGGUGGGACUGUGAGGAGUUGAAGUCUAUGAAAAUAAUUUUAUCGGACUUGGUAGAUUCCAUUUUGAAGGUUCAAACUGUUAUCACGGCUCAAAUGUUCCUGUUCCACUUAGAUUUGCCAAAAGUUAAUAUAAAACAAAAAAUUCUUAUGAUUCACUCCUUUAUGGCAAUAAAAAUAGUUAUGGCCAGAAAUUGGAGAAAUAUGGGUUCGUUAAACUGGCAUGAUAUAUGUAUACAAAUAGAUUAUCAAUGUAGGAUGGAAGCUGGGUUAGCCUCAAAUAAGUUAUACAGAGAGAAAUAUGAUGAAAUAUGGGCCCCUUGGGUUAGAUAUCUUAGCUGUAAAAACUCAACUCCCCUCCCACAGAUAGCCACUCUUAGGUAGCACCAAUGUGAAAUGAUUAUAAGGAAGAGGAAUUGUAUGCUAUUUUCUCUUCUUUUUGUUUGAUUGAUUGUAGACAAUGUAGAUAAUGUUCAAAUGUAUGAAAUAUGGCUACACUAAAUAUAUGUAUAAUUACAUAAUUUACUGUAAAGUAAUAUAUUGCACCAUAUUGUAAAAUCUAUUUUUGAAAAUGCAUUUGGAUGAAACUUUUAAAACGAAAAAUAAAAAUUUAUAUAUAUAUAAAAAAUAAAUAUUGUCAUAGUUCCUUGUAUUAUGGUCGACUAUGUGGAUAGAAAAUACUCCAAACAUUGUUAUAUUAAAGGAACACAAAAAUGUAUUCCUGGCCCUAUAGUGUUAAAACCACCAUCUAGCCCCCCUGGUCCUCACUGCCUCCCUAAAUAUAGUAAACUCUUACUUGUCUUCAAGUCUGGAGCUGAUGCUUCUGGCCCUGAUCUACCUGCUUGGCUGACAUCAUCAGAAAUGAUUCUCUGAGCCAUUCACAAUGCUUUCUCAUAGGAUUGGCCGAUACUGUUAAGGAGACAGAUCAUGGGCAGAGCCAGCACAAGCCAAACAUAACCCUGGCCAAUCAGCAUCUUCUCAUAGAUAUGCAUUGAAUCAAUGCAUCUCUAUUAGGAAAGUUCAGUGUCUCCAUGCAGAGGGCAGAGACACUGAAGGAGUGGCCAGUGAAGUUAUCACUAGGCUGUAAUAUAAACACUGCAUUUUCUCUGAAAAGACAGUUUUUACUGCAAAAAGCCUGAAGAUAAUGAUUCUACUCACCAGAACAAAUUCAAUAAGCUGUAGUUGUUCCAGUGACUAUAGUGUCCCUUUAAAUCAGUGGUUCCCAACCCAGUACUCAAGUACCCCCUAACAGUCCAGGAUUUAGGGAUUACCCAGUAGUGUCUAAGGUGUUUUUAGAAAAAAAGAGUACAUUGAGACACAACUGGGUAAUGUCUAAAUCCUGGACUGGUAGGGGAUACUUGAGGACUGGGCUGGGAACCCCUGCUUUAAAUGUUUAUUUAAUACAUUUAUAAUAACAAGUAAACAGAUGCUUGCAAAGUGUCAAUUUACUUCAAUAAUUAUACAAUACAAAUUUAAUAUAAUUAUAAUAACAAGUCAAGAUGCUAGCAAAAUGUCGGUUUACUUCAAUAAUUAUACAAUACAAAACUAGAACAUGUUACUUAGAAAAGACAAUUGCAGUUUAUAAAUUUAACAACAGAUUUAUAUUCCUAACAAGGCCCCGUCCCUUUGGCUUGGGUUAAUUUAGAGCUGGUACUAUAUGCUAGUAGGCAAAGAGCCUGAAUCCCUCCUACAUCUGGUUUUUAUUCAGUGUAUUCCCAAAGUAGGUGGGCCUGUGAUCUCACUGCAAGAAGCACAUAGCUUAAGGAACCCAUGUAAUGGCCUACACACUGCCCCUAGUGGUGCCUCUAAAGCAUUAAUCUCAUCAUGAUUUAUUUUAUGUUAUAUAUCAUUGAUGUGCUGUAAAUAUUUAUAGACCUCCAGACUCAUUAGUUAUUUGUACUGUACAGGUUGAGCUACUUACCAAGUCACUAAAUCAUAUUCAGCUGUGUCAGGAGAUCUGGAGAGUGCUGCAGUCCACAGGUAUGCUCUUCUCACUGUCCUAUGCACAUCAAGUCACCUUUUGCAGUCAAUGUGCUUUAUAAAAAAGUUAAAAAGUCCUCGAUAAAUUAGGUAACACACUAAUGACAUUGUGGUCAUAUGACUGCUGUGCUAUUAAACCACUGCAGAAAAAAAGACAUGUAGAGGGACUGCAGGUUACAGAGGGAUUGUAGAGGCUACAGAGGGACUUACGGGGCUUUUUACUAAAGUGUGAAUUGCUGUGAAUUCAAAGUGACUUUCAAAUUAUUUUUUUUAUUCACUUUUUUUAUUGAGUGGUAUAUAUCAGUGGUAAUAUCAGAUAUUUCACAGAAUACAGUUGCAUAGCAUCAGCUAAAAUGUAGAAUCUCACUGAGUUAAACGAAACGAGUGGACCAUACAUGUGUGAAUAUGAACGUCAGAUAUGCUUACUUGCAGUAAACAUGAGAUUAAGCAUUGUGAGAGCAAUUGGGGUUGGUCACAAAGCCACUCAUUUUAUAUAACAUACAAGAAUCUGAACUGAGGCAGUAGUCUACCAAUACCUAAUGUGAAUGAGAAUACAAAAAAAAAGUCAAUAUUUGCCAAAAUAUCCUCAUUGGGAAAAAUUGUCAAAGUCCGCUAUGUUUGUAGUCGGGUUAUUUUGCCAUAUAAUUAGAAAUUCACGGUUAAUUGCCAGUAAUUGUUACUGAUUGAUAUUGUGAAUUGGAGGGCUGAAGGAUACGGAGGACUUGGAGUUAAGGGAUACAUGUGUUUAAUAUGGUGUGGACUGUAACUCCUCGGGCUAAAAAGCCCAUUAGUCCUACUUAAUCCUAUAUCUAUCGAACACUGUCCAAACCCUUAAAAACAAAAAAUACUGUGUCUCCCUAUGUAUGUAUUUUUAUAGUGAAUCACGGUCACCUCUUUUUUCGCACUCCACAGGGGAUUUUUCUCAAGAUCCCACAGAAGUACUUUUGCUUCUCUAUGAAUUUGAAAUCCGUGCCAAAUUAAAUGACCCAAGGUUGGAAACCGUGGUAGAAGCAGUGUGGGAGCUUCCCAUGCUUAACCUCAAGACUUUGGAAACCAUUGCACGUAAGUUACUGGGCACAGGUGAAGGUAUGGUCAGCCUGUGACUUAGUACACUAUGCGGUACACAACAUGUUAGAUGUCAUUUAGAUGCUAUGUUAUGAGAUUGCAAUUAUAGGCAUUAUUUUUCAAUACAUGUUUGCUUGUUUACAUAUAUCUCACCUCACCAAGCUUGCUUUCUAUGACAUUUCACAUAAUACCAUAGAAGCACAAUUUUGUGUGUAUGUAAUGUCAGAACUUCGAGUGAUGUCACAGUUGAAAAGUGUUUAUUUGAGAAUAGUCAAUCUGUAUGGAAUGCAUAAUGUCAUAAUGGUGUAAGAGGGUUCAAUCAAGUUAAUGUCUAUGAAAUAUUUUCUGUGAGAUUGGUUAAUGUUUGAUAUGUUUAUGCAGUGUGGUGGUCUCUGAUAUGUAGCCUUGGAUUGUAUUUAAUUAUACAACCAAUUGUAAAAUAAUAACAAUAAAGAAGGGACUAGAAAUAGUAACAUUUUAAAUAAUUCAAAGUGUCGGUCAACUGACAUAUUAUUAUUUGUUUAGCUUGUUUAUUUAUUUAUUUUUAAUAACUGUUGUUUCUCUUUAUUGUGUGGGCAUUAUAUCUUGCAAGAACCUUCUUUAGGGAUUAAAAAAAGAUUGAAAAAGGAUAUCUGAUAUUUUACAGCAGAUCUCUGAAAUACAACCCUCAUGUUCAAAUCAAAGUUAAUGUUGUUCUGUCAUUCAAAUCAGUGGACAACAGGAUGAUGAAAUACCUGCUCCUCAUAGACACCUAGACUACAAAAUAGCUUUGUAGUGGCAUAACCCAAUUAACCACUAAAAGUGUUCCUCUAACAUACUGCAACUACACUAAUCUCUCUGUGUCGGCACAGUUGUGUUCCUUUUGAUUAAUAUGACCAUGAUGGCUACUGACUUUCUGAUGUGGCACAUCUUAAAGAUUUGUGUAUUAAGAAUUUUACUAUGACUUGCAUGCAAAGAAAUUUCUUAGUUGUAAUAAAAUAGCCCCUAUUGAUAAUUGUAGUCAGUGCUCGUCCAAGACAUUGUGCUGCCUGGAAUCAGUGAUUCAUUGCUGCCCUUGAUCCCCAAAGCUCUUACCACCAAUUCAUACCCACCAGAUACAUCCCUUUCUUGUACAUCACCUCUCAGCCAUAAUCCUCCCUUGUGCAUUUCACCUCAGCCAUAUCCCUCCUGUGUACAUCUCCUCUCAGUCAUGAUCUUCCCUUUUACUUGUCAUGAUCUUGAGCAGGUCAGAUAUAAGUCUUUGGCCGGAGUUAACAUUAGGUUAUUUAUUGCGGAGAUGGGACAUAAUACAAUAACAGGAAAUCCUAUAACUGAAAUUAUAGGGAGAAGGAAAAUAAGAGAACCUAUAAACGGAGUUAUAGGUGAGAAGGUAAAAUAAUAGAAACGAAGGUUUAGGCAAUAUACCCCAGACAGAUUAUAAAACAGGAAAUAAGUAAUUAGUAGAAAACCUAUAGGUGAAAGUAAGAUAGUUUAGAGAAACAAGUAAAACAAAACAGUACAGAAAGGUUUCAGCAAUUACAGGUAAAGUAGACUUUAGGGAAUCAGCACCCUGCUGAAAGGAGUAUGGAUAAAGCAGAAAAAGUACACCUUGAAAUAGUAGUUUGUAGCAAAGUCCAGGUUGGUAUAGAGCAGGUCGGUUGUGAGGAUCAGGUAGGUAUAAAGCAGGAUGGCAAGAAAAAGCAGGUUAGUAGUAUUAAGCAGGUAAAAUAAAUCAGAUUGGUUGCGUAGUUCAGGCUGGUAUGAAUCAGGUUGGAAAUUAAGCUGGAUUGUCGAGAAGUUCAGGCUGUUAUGGAGCUGGUUGGUAUCAAAAGGAAGAUAAUAAAGAAGGGAAGUCCAUCAGAAUAAUUACAGGAGCCAGGAUCUGAAGUCUUUCAGGAAAACCAACAACUUCAAUGUGAAGGCCCUGUAUUGAGCUGGGCAUAGCCUUUUGUAGGAAUGUCAUUCGUUCAGGCAGGUGAGGAUAAUGAAGGAGAGUUCAGAGUUAGUGGUUAGGAAGGACACUAGUGGUGGAGGGCAGGUAUUGCAAUUAAAUAAAGAAGAAAUGAAACAUAAACUUAGUUGUUAGGAUAGGAUCCUGACAGUACCUCUGUAUCUCCCCAGCCACAACCUUGCUUUGCAUAUCCCUCUUUAACCAUAUUGCUACUCUGCACGUCUCUCCUCAGUCACAUGACAUCACAAUUUCACCCACCAUAUAGUUCCAGUAGCUGGUCUAUUUAGCAGGAGCAAGUACAGAUUGAAAAACCUAGAAGGUUGGCCACGUGGCCUGAACAGCUGGAAAGAGAUACCACCCAACAUGAGUGGUAAAACGCUGUCCCCUUUCAAUUGCCCCCUGGGUCCAGUGGAACCUCCCAUACUUCCAUAAUUCAAGCCCUGACUGUAUUCAGCAGCUACAAGACUGCAUAUACUUUAUUCAAAUUCUAAAUUAGGAAAAGGAGAUCAGUUGAGGCAAGUUUAAUCAGAACAGACAACUGUAAUUAAGCAAAGCCUUUUAUUUCCUUGCAUUAUUUACACAUGUAAACUCUUAUUUUACAAAUGAAUUAUACUAAUGAAAUAUGUAGUCAUUAAAGAAGGAACAAAAGACCAAUAAAUCCAAAUAUAUAUUUGCUACAACUGAUAUUAAUAAAAUGAUAAUAAUACAAAUUAACUUACAUACAUGAAAACAUUUAAUCUAAAUUUUCUUCUGAGUAUACAAAUAAUGAAUACAAAGAACAUAAGGUGCAAUCAUGAAAUAUGAUGUUAGUCACUACAUUGAGAAUUAAAGAACAAUGAACUGGAAAUUUUAUGCCAACAUUGCUGAGGUCAAAAAUGUUUCAGUUUAGCUCAUUUUGGCCUAAAAUAUGCAAUAACCGCGUUAAUUCUCCACUCUGUAGUGUUAUCUCACAGUUUUUUGGGCAACUAAUCCUUAAGAAAUAGCACGAGAGCCAAAAUCACCAUCACAAAUUGCACUUCCAGUGACUAUAUGAUGAAUCCAAAAACAGAACUUAGAGGCUACAUAAUUACUUGAUGUAGGAUCAGAGUGCUCUGAGGUGUGAUGGGUUUAAAAAUUAACUUUUAAUCGUAUAAAUGUAAAAAGAGAGAAAGAAAGAUAAAGAGAACAAAAUCCUGACGCGCGCGUUUCGCCCACAACUCAUCAGAGGGGAGCCGAUGUGUGGUAAGUAUCAGCUAUUUAAAGAUCGUAGAUCAAGCUGAUAGGAGGAAUUUGAAAAAGACCGCUGUUUUAAUGUGGCCAAUGAGGAUUCCCAGUAAGUAUGACAAUAGCCAAUGAGGUGGUAUACUUAAUUAACUUAAAAAAGCGUUUCAGAGAGCCUUGUCCCAGGAUAGAAGUUCCAGCCUUCACUCAAGCAAGGCUACCCCACCCAACCAACUGAUUCGAUGUAUUGGUACUUUUGGCAGACAGUGGCAACCUAUUAAGGAAAUAUUUACUCAGCAUUGGCCAAUAUUACAAUACGAUAAGGACUUAAAAUCACAAGCAAUUGCUUACCCUAACAUUACAGCACGUAGGUCUAAAAACCUCAGUGACUUUUUGGUACAUAGUCACUUUGAAAGAAACACACCAUCUGCAAACUGGCUCACUGCACCGACAGGAAUACACAAAUGUGGACAUUGCAAAGCAUGUCCCUACAUUAAACAGUCUAAAACGAUUCAAUGCACCAAUACUAAGAAAGAAUUCAAAAUUAAUCAGUUCAUAAACUGCAGUACUACACGCGUUAUAUAUGUAAUUACAUGCUCUUGCGGCAUGCAAUACAUUGGAAAAACCUAUCAAGAGCUAAGGAGACGGACCCUGCAACAUGUAUACUCAGUAAGAAAUCCACAUCUUAGUACUCCUGUCGCUAACCAUGUACGUAAUUUCCACGAUGGAAAUCCGAACCAUUUAUCUUUUCAGGCCCUAGAGAGAGUUAACUUGAACUCUAGAAAAGGGGAUUUCAAUCUUAUACUCCUUCAGAAAGAGUCUAGGUGGAUCUAUGAAUUUAGAUGUCUGGCCCCUGGUGGUCUAAAUGAAGAAUUCAACUUCACUCCUUUUAUUCAUUCACAUUAGAGUUUAUGUUACAGAAUUUAGUCCCCGUGGUUUUUUUUGGGGGGGGGGGGGUUUCUCUCGUUUCUAGACCGGAUUUACAACACUAUGUUAGAUUUGAUAAUAUCCCUACAGUAUCUCCUCUCUUUAUCUGGUAUUAUGAUUAUCCUCUGUGGACCAUGUACCAUCCUCUCUGGGCUUAAUAAUUUUUCUUGCAUAGUUUAGCCUCUAUCUAGCUAUAAGCACAAUCGUGCUCCCAGCAUUAUCUGGCUUACAUAGGCUCUCAUUUUUUAUUCAGUGAGUCCAAAACCUCUCUCACCAAGGUGUACCUCUAUUGGAUUUCUUUAUCUAAGUAUCCUCAGUAUUUUACAUUUAUUCAUUGUCACAAUUCAAGUCCCCAAACUUAGCCUCAGUGGAUUACUUAGUGGAUUUAUGCAUUGACGUUCACUUAUUUACAGUGCGCCUGCAUUGGGGUCUUAGAAUCCCGAAGUGCCACUGUAUAGUAUUUUAUAAAUUUAAUAAUUGUUCUAAUAUUCAAUUGUUUCCUUAACCAUCAUCUUAAUAUAGGCACCUAAGAGAUUUAUCAGCAAUUUAAGCCAAUUUUACAUUUAUUUUUAUUUUCCGUUCUUCCUGUCAUUUCAGUUGUUUGAUCCACACUUGGUAACUUUGUAUAAUAUUUUACCUUUAUUCCAGUCUUUAAAAUCAUUAGGUGUCUUUUUCCCCAGGGAUUGACACCUUGAUUUUGGUCCCAGUGUCGUGUCCUUAUCAAUCCCUUUUUGUAUAUUGGUAAAAUUCUUAUACAUCUAGGUUGCAUGUAUCUAGGUAGUCUGUGUGCACCUCAAUAUCUAGCUGGAUGUGUUCAGGGCGUUAUAUAUUUAUCAUAUAUAUAUAUUUUAUCACUAUCAUUUUUUCUUCUUCAUUCAUUUUUUCAUUAAUUUUGUUAUAUCAUUUUUUAUUUAUUUCAUCCAUUUUUUAUUUAUUCUCUCCAUCUAUCCAUCGGUACCUACUUGAUGUGUACAAGUCAGUUAUGGGUCGAUUUUGCUCUUUUAUUUUUUCUGGAACAUCAAUUUUGUUUAUUUCUAUACACUGCCACAAGGACCUGACAGUUUUAUGAACUAAUUUUUGGACAUUCUCCAAUUUGUCCAUUGAUGUCUGUCCGGUUUAUCCAAAUUAUUCAUGGGCUGUAUUGUUUUUUAAUUUCCCUUGGUAUACUAACUUUGUCUAUUUCCAUAUACUGUCACAAUGAUCGGACAGUGUUAUGAACCGUUUUCUACUUUUUGGACAUCGUUUUAGGAAAUACACAUGAAAGUGAGUAUCCUUUCAUUGUUUUAGGUUAUCUUACACUUUAAAUUCGUUUUCCUUCCCUCUUUAGUUGGUUGAACACUAUUAAUUAUCUUCCUAGUACCUCAGGACAAUGUACCCGAUAGGGUUAAUUAAGUAUACCACCUCAUUGGCUAUUGUCAUACUUACCGGGAAUCCUCAUUGGCCACAUUGAAACAGCGGUCUUUUUCAAAUUCCUCCUAUCAGCUUGAUCUACGACCUUUAAAUAGCUGAUACUUACCACACAUCGGCUCCCCUCUGAUGAGUUGUGGGCGAAACGCGCGCGUCAGGAUUUUGUUCUCUUUAUCUUUCUUUCUCUCUUUUUACAUUUAUACGAUUAAAAGUUAAUUUUUAAACCCAUCACACCUCAGAGCACUCUGAGUUUCUUUCCUUUUUCCUUCUCACUACCUUGGUAGUUUACUGUGGGUUAACCCCAUUUUUGAGUGCUCUCUCAGCUUCCAUGUUCUCUCUUUUUUCUUGAUGUAGGAUCAUACCCAAUUUUAAUAUGGAGCUUGCAGCGUUAGUGCAUUAAUGCACACUUCAUGCAGAAUCAUGUAUACAAGUACUAUUUUUAGCACACUAUUAUAGUAUUAACAUAUUCAAUAAACAACGCACAAAAAUGUGAGAAAAUUCUUCAUCAGUGAUAAAACAUGGUCACAAUUUGCACAGACACAGGCCAUAUAGUUUUGCCUGUCAAGAAAAUGCAGGAUGUAUAAACAUCUCAGGAAGUCAUUAUCACCAUAUAUGAGUUUGUUCAAUACCCCUAACUAUUCACUUUUUAUGAUCUCGUGCUGUCUGUUACUUUAUAUGAAACCAUACACUUUCUCAUAUAUCUCAGUUUUGUAAGUGUUACAAAGGAUAUGGUGAUGUACAAGGAAUUGUAAUACAUCCCAGAAUUUUAUCUCUAACAUCAGUGUCAUCUUGUAGUCAAUCAUUUUGUUUAUAAAACAUAUGAUGUUGUACCUAAAAUAUGCACACAAUGUCUCUCCCUCUCACUACAAUUUUGCAAUGGCAUGAAGAAUCCAGCACCUUGGAUUGUGAUUUGUAGAGUUAGUUAAAGGAACACUAUAGGGUCAGGAACACAAACAUGUAUUCCUGACCCUAUAGGGUUAAAGCCACCAUCUAGCCACCCUGAUCCCCUCAUGCCUCCCUAAAUAUAUAAAUUCUUACUUGAAUUCAAGCCUGAAGCUGUAGUUUUGUUUUCCUUAGGAAAAACAAGCUGUCUGCUGACAUCCUCAAAAGUGGUGGCCUGAUCCAAUCACAGUGCUUCUUCAUAGGAUUGGCUGAGACUGACAAGGAGGCAGAUCAGGGGCAGAGCCAGCACAAUUCAAACACAGCCCUGGCCAAUCAGCAUCUCCUCAUAGAGAUUAAUUGUAUCAAUGCAUCUCUAUGAGGAAAGUUCAGUGUCUGCAUGCAGAGGGUGGAGACACUGAAUGUUUGGAAGCAUUUUAGGCAGCCAUGACCCAGGAAGGAUCUCUAACAGCCAUCUACGGAGUGGCCAGUGAAGUUGUCACUAAGCUGUAAUGUAAACACUGCAUUUUCUCUGAAAAGACCGUGUUUACAGCAAAAAGCCUGAAGGUAAUGAUUCUACUCACCAGAACAAAUUCAAUACGCUGUAGUUGUUCUGGUGACUAUAGUGUUCCUUUAAAUAAAUUUAAAAAAAAAAAUAUAUAUAUAUAUAUAUAUAUAUAUAUAUAUAUAUAUAUAUAUAUUGGAUAGUCAAUACAAUUUUAAACAAAGAUCUGCACACCAAUUAAGCUAUAAGAUUUGCCUUUCCCACAGAAAUUACAAAUUUGCAGUGAUGUUACUACCGUAAAGAAUUCUGAGUGGGCAUAUGCAAAUUAGUUCAACAAGGAAUCACAUUUUUUCUCCAUUUGUGAUUUCUGUGGGAAAAGCAAGUCUUAUGGCUUGACUGGUGUGCAGAUCUUUGUUUAACAUUGUAUUGACUAUCCACUGACUUCCGGUGGAAAGGGGUUUUCAAUCACAAUUUUUCCCCAAAUAACUUUCUUGGUUUUUGCUUCACAAGUACUACCAAGCCUCAAUAGCAAGCCAGUAACCAACUUUAUGCUGAUGAGUUAAAUCUAACAUAAUCAUCCAGAGUUUUGGAGCUAUAUUUAUGUAGAUUACUGGUUAGAUUUUGAGUGAAUAUUGCUCAUCUGCUCAGGGUGAGUGCCUGCUUGCUUAUCGCACUUAUGUUUGAUCUUUGUGAUAACCUAUCACAGCAAUCUGAAAUCUAGAGCAGGUUUAGAUGGAGUAUAGUUGCCAGCAUUAGUUUUAUACAAACCAGGUGCCCAAUGUUGUGCCAUAGUAAUGUACACAGUUAGUUAAUGCCUGGGGCAAACUCUAUGCUAUGAUUAGGAAGCCUUUAAAUGGUCCUUGUAUAAGGUACAGUGGUCACCAUCAAGGCAUUAAGUGGCCUGGACAUCAGCCAUCAGUAAGGAGUCUUUAACAUAUAUGUUAGGUAUAUCUUGGUCUUUCUGCUCUGCUCAUGACUUUCUGCUGUCCACUGCUUGCACACAUACAGCCAGCUUCUGCUUGCAAGACUUCUCCGGGGCUGCUCCCUUCCUAUGGAAUAGCCUGCCUACAACCAUCAGAAUCUCUCCUAGUCUUCAAUCAUUUAAGAAGUUCCUUAAAACCCAUCUAUUUAGGAAAGCUUGUGGCCUCCCAGAGUAACCUCUAACUCACAUACCUGUCUCUUGCUCUCUCCUAAAGGGCAGCACUUUGCUCUCUCCUCCAUUUCUGCUUCACUCCCAGCUUAUUUAAUUGCGAUUUCCUGUCCUAAUGUGUUUUAUAUCCCACCUCCUAUAGACUGUAAGCUUGUUUGAGCAAGACCCAACCUAUUGUUCCUGUAAGUUUUGUUUUGUUUUUGGUAAUUGUCCCAUUUAUAGUUAAAUACCCCCUCUCAAAAUAUUGUAAAGUGCUACGGAAUAUGUUACUGCUAUAUAAAUGCAAAUAUUAAUAAUAAUAAUAAGUUGGAGUUUGUUGCUGCUGGAGAGCAAAAGAAUGUCAUUUUUGUUUGUAAGGUUGCAGGACCUGUUAACAGUCCAAGAGCCUUGUAGAUCUCAAGUUCUUAAUGAGUAUUUGUUGAUUAAUUUGACAACACAGAUAAGUAACAUUAAAAUGCCAUAGCAAGCACUUCAAGAAACAUAAUAAAAAAUUUCACAUGAACUUCACCAUUCAACAUUAAUAUUUGCAUUGUUACAAAAAAGGCAUGUUUCAUAUUAUCUGUCAUGAUCUUGAGCAGGUCAGGUAAGAGACUUUGGCCAGUGUUAACAUAAGAGGCUUUAUUGGUAAGUUUGGACAUAAUAGAAAACAGCAGGAUAUCUUAUAAAUUAAAUAAUAGGGAGAAGGAAAAUAAGAGAAACAAAGGUUUAGGCAAUAUGCCCUAUAUAGAUAAUAAACAGAAUGUAGAUAGAUAAUAAGAGAACCUAUAGAUGAAAGUAUAGGUUGAAUAUAGAGGGACAAGUAUAAAAUAAUAAAACAGAACGGAACAACAAGGUUUCAGGAAAAUAGGAAAGAAGACUUUAGUGAAUCAGCCCCCUCUUGGAAGGAGUACUGAUAAGGUAUAGAAAUAACACCUUGCAAUAUUAGAGGCAAAGUCCAGAUUGAUGUUAUGCAGGUUGGUGUAAAUCUGAGUGGCAGGAUAAAGCAGAGUAGAAGUGUAGGUUAGGCUGGUUUGGUGCAGGUCGGUAUAAAGCUAAUUGGCAGGAUAAAGCAGGAUACGAGUGUAGGUUAGGCAGGUUUGGAACAGGUUGGUAUAAAGCUGUUAAGCAGAAUAGAAGCGUAGGUCCACAUGAACGUUUACAGAAGCCAGGAACUGAAGUCUUUCAGGAUGAGCAUCAACUUCAUUGUAAAGGCCAUCUAGUAAAUUGGGUGUAGCCUUUUGUAGCUUCUUGAUUAGUCCAGGCAGGUGAGGUUAAAGGAUCACUAUAGUCAACAUAUAAAAGCAAGAAAGACAGGUCGCCCAACCUUCUUUCUUGCUUUUAUAUGAACUUACCCCUAAUAAAAAAUAAAUUUGGACCCUUUAUAUUAUUAAAGUUCCAGCACCAAGCUCCUCGCCAGGCCACGCCCCCUUUUUCAUAAAAAUGACGAAAUCGCAGGGCCAAAUAUAUAUAUAGUGUUUGUAUACAGACACACACUGUAAAUAAAUGUUGUUAAAGGAACACUAUAGUCACCAGAACAACUACAGCUUGUUAUAUUCUGGUGAAUAUAAUCAGUCCCUGUAGGCUUUUUGCAGUAAACACUGUUUUUUUCAGAGAAAGGGCAGUGUUUGCAUUACUGCCUAGGGACCAGGGCCGGACUGGGGAUACAAAGCAGCCCUGGAAAAAAAAUCUAUGCCAGCCCCAUAAGUCAUAGCGCCAUAUAUUGCCGUAUGUAAUAUGUAAGGCAAUGUCUUGCCACCCCAGAUGGUUGAGUAAUAUAUAUAUAUAUAUAUAUAUUUCUUUUUCUAAUAUAUAAUAUUGGUCCUUUCAGAGUAAAACGUUUAAUUAUACAUUAAGCAUACUCACAUGCAGACACAGACAAUCUCACUGACACACACAAGUUCAUUGAUACACAGCCUCAUAGACAAACAAUGUCACUGAUAUACAUAAGCUCAUUGGCAUAAAAACACAAGCUCACUCACUCACUAGCAGGCACACACACACACACACACGCAAGCUAGCUCACUCAGUAGCAGGCGCACACACACACACAGCUUAAUGUAGUGGUUCUGGUGUCUAUAGGCUUUUCAAUGUAAACACUGACUUUUCUGAAAAAUGGCAGUGUUUACAUUGCUUCCUAGUGACACCUCUAGUGACAGUCACUCAGACAGUCACUAGAGGUGCUUCCUGUGUCAGUGCUGCACAGUGUGAUUGCACAGUGUGCAGCACCUACAUUCAGGGCCUUUGCAGCCAAUCCUAUGGCAGAGCAUUGGAUUGGCUGAGAUCAUCAAGCUUGAUGAUCUCAGCCAUAGAGGCAGGGCCAGUCGAGGGGAGACCAGCACGGCGUGGGGAGAAAAAAAAAAGUGAGUAAAAACACUUUUUAAAUACACACAGACACACACAUACACCAUGACACAGACACACACAUACACCAUGACACAGACACACACACAUACACUCACACUGACAGAAUGACACAAAUUACCUGUGGGUGACCGGCUGGGUGUGCUAGUGGCCGCAGGGGGAGGUCUGAUGGCUGCAUAGGGAGGUCUGCUGGCGGCUGCUGAGGAGGUCUGCUGGCAGCCUCUGGGGGAGCUGUUCUGUCUCUGCUCCCCCGCCCUCGCGCGCAGCUUAGUCAGAAUAUGACGUCAUAUUCCGGCCCCCCCUAACCUCAACAUCUGAGGAAUGGGAUUUAGGGGUGAUUAUUGCUGAUGACUUAAAGGUAGGCAGACCAUGUAAUGGAGCAGCAGGAAAUGCUAGCAGAAUGCUUGGUUGUAUAGGGAGAGGUAUUAGCAGUAGAAAAAAGGGAAGUGCUCAUGCCAUUGUACAGAACACUGGUGAGACCUCACUUGGAGUAUUGCAUACCGUAUCUUCAGUAGGAUAUUGAUACCUUAGAGACAGUUCAGAGAAGGGCUACUAAACUGGUUCAUGGUUUGCAGGAUAAAACUUACCAGGAAAGGUUAUAGGAUCUUAACAUGUAUAGCUUGGAAGAAAGACGAGACAGGGGGGAUAUGAUAGAAACAUUUAAAUACAUAAAGGAAAUCAACACAGUAAAAGGGGAGACUAUAUUUAAAAGAAGAAAAACUACCACAACAAGAGGACACAGUCUUAAAUUAGAGGGACAAAGGUUUAAAAAUAAUAACAGGAAGUAUUAUUUUACUGAGAGGGUAGUGGAUGCAUGGAAUAGCCUUCCAGCUGAAGUGGUAGAGGUUAACACAGUAAAGGAGUUUAAACAUGCGUGGGAUAGGCAUAAGGCUAUCCUAACUAUAAGAUAAUGCCAGGGACUAAUGAAAGUAUUUAGAAAAUUGGGCAGACUAGAUGGGCCGAAUGGUUCUUAUCUGCCGUCACAUUCUAUGUUUCUAUGUAAGGAGGCAGAUUAGGGCAAAGCCAGCACCAGCAGACUGGAAAAUAGUAAGAUUUUACUAUAUUUAGUGAGGCCAUGGGGCUAGAUAGUGUUUUUACCACUAUAGGGUCAGGAAUAAUGUGCCAUAGUUCAUGAACAGUUUGAUACUUUUUGAGAUUACUUUUGUAACUGGUUCCACCUGUGACAAAUCAGAAUGUAAUCUGACAAAUGAAAACAAUUUAUAAAUUUGAGUAAAGUACAGAUGUAUAUAAAUUAUCAUGUUCACGUCAUCCACAAAUUGUAUGUAUUAUAAGUUUACAUUGAGGUAGCUUAAAAAAAAAAUGUAGUGGCAAAAUGUACAGAGAUCGCGCUAUCCAAAAAAAUAUAAAAGAUGAAGGGGGUGGUAACUGUAAAGCAAAUGAGAUCCACAAGUAAUCUAUAGCUGGCCCCUACAGAAAAAGUCCUGUGGCUUUCUUUUAAUAAGCAAAAUAGAAAAACCUAAGUUAAUGCAACGCUAAGAAUACAGCUACAUAAAGUACACACUAUGAUAAAAUAAUCUAAAAAAUGUAAAUACUGUUGCAACAUCAAUUGAAUCUACACUCCAUUUGGCAUAUACAAAAAGAAAAUGUACAAUAUAAAAACAAUGUAUACAAAAUGUGAGGAAAGAAACAGUUGCAAUUAAUGUAAUACACUCUUGCCAGUUCCAAACAAGCACGGCUGAUUAUCAGCACGAUGCUAAACUGCUCAUUCUUCAAGUAUGAACCCAGUCUAUAAAAAAACACGAUAGAAAUCAAUACAGCUUAGAGUGUGCAACAGUUUUUAACCUGUUCUGGAUCCAAGGUAAUCAAAAUUGGCCACGGCUGCGCCGGUAAAAUCUCCAACUGGGAGGGGGAAGUCUUCGCUGUGCUAACCCGGCGAUCCCUGCGCUCAGUCGGUGUGGAGCUGGAUACCAAGGCCAGCAGGGAUUAAGUUCACUGAUCGGUUCAUGUAGAAACGCCUGAUCAGUGAAAUUUAUCUGUUUGUAUUUUGAAUCACUCUGCAAAAAUAUCACAACCAUGAUAUAUUAUAUGUUUAUUAGGAUUUACCUGCAUAUAAUGUUUGUUUUUCUUAUAUUGCUUUCUGGUUUCUCCAAAGACUUAUCCAUGGAGGCUCCAGCCUAUUACCCAACUAUAUGCAAGCGUGCACUGCAAGGAGCACUAUCUCUACACAAGAAACAGGACCCCAUGGACAUCACCAGGUUUAGGUAGCGAACUAAGGGUUGUUGGUGGUUCAUAAAUUUGUAAAAACAUAUUAAAGGAAAUCAAUUUUUAUUUUCUGUUAAUUGGCUUACAUGCUAAAAAAUAGAAGUGAUGUAAGAAACAC